AUCGAACCGGCUUUCUACGACAGCGGAUUGGAAUCGCGGAGCGACAAAGUCGCCGGGCGUUUAGUGAUGUGAUAUAGCCGCCUGCCCACCAGGCUAAACAGAAAAAGUAAAAAAGUAUAAAAACCAAAAACCCAAUUCUCGAAUGAGAAUUAAGAGCGAUUGUGUGCACAAAUACGAAUUUUCUUAGCCAACCGCGUGAGAUAAUCUCAGGUUGGCAUUGUGUCUGAAACCCCUAAUAAAACCCCAAGUGUUAAAUAUAAUAAAAGAAGAAGAAGCGUGUUUUUGCUUUUAGGCAAAUUAAAGUUGAAUUACGUGGGCCGAAAGAAAAAAAAAUACUGAAGGCCAUUCAAGGGUUGUUCAAAGGAAAAUUCGGCACUCGGCCUGGUGAAGAAAAGUCACGGUGUGUGUGUGCGUUGCGUGAGAAAAAUCAAUUCUGCAUUGGUGGAAAACCGGAGGAGAGGAGGAGUGGGGAAAGAAACGAAAGGACAAACCUAAAGGCUGGUUUUUUCGGGCUGCGAAAAACUCGUAACCGAUGACAAUUUGGCUUGACGAGGGUCUAUUAGCGAAAUCAAUGCCAUUAUGGCUGAUAACGGAGGGCCAGGAUCCAAGCACAAGGAUCCAACAACCAUAGAUGCCGGCGGGGGAGUAGGUGGAAUCGGAACAGGAGCAGGAGCAGGCGAUGACGUGCCUCCAGUCCCAGCUGUUCGCCGGCGUCGCGCGCAUGAGCAGAAAUCCUCGAGAGAGCAUGUGGAGAAAGAGGAGGUGCAUGGUGGAGAGAGCCAACAGCUGGAGACGUCGACGGUGACGAGGACCUAUAUGAAGACCAUCACCACCUCCCUGACCACCUCGAGCAGCUCCAAUGUGGAGGAGUUUGUCCUGGUGGAGCCAGCAGCUCCAUCGCCGAAUCAACAGAGAUUGCGUCAGAAGGUGGCCCAGUAUGAAAAGGUCUGGUCGGAUGGCUCUAAUCCCGCGAAGCGACCCGCUGACCAGAGCUCCGAUGAGCUGCGACUGGCCGACGACCAGGAUGAGUACGAUGCCGAGAAUCCCUUCGAGAUAGAUGUCCAUGAGAUUGAGCGGAGACUGCGCCAGGAGCGGCAGCGCGGCCUGGCCGAGGCGGAGGCAGCCAAGCUGGCCUUCCAGCAGGUUCAACUGCGGCACACAACCCCGCCGCGCCGCGUGGAGGUCACCAGUGACCAGGUGGCAAGUCCCUUCAACGUCACCCUUCGCACCACCAGUCGCAUGAGUCCCGGUGCCGAGCUAGGCAAUGUGGAGGAGCAUCUCGCCCCGUUUAAUGUGACCCUAAGGACCACUCGAAGAAGCAAGAGGAAGGAGAUUAAGGAACUGGAAAGCUUCCUGGAAGGAGAACGUACCGUGCGGGAGGUUCCAUCUGCGGAUGGAGUCAGGACCAUCAUAACCUCCUCGAUGACCAGCGAUGGCGGCUAUGCCGAGGAGAAGAUCUAUCGCCAUGGCGAGGGCUAUGUCUCGCCCAGGGAUUCACCGUCCUGGUCGCGUUCCAGUUACUCCAGUGAGCGAUCCAGUGUGACGCCGCCGAGGAGCGUGGAUUUAACCGCCGGCGGACGAAGGAUUCUGAUCAAACUGGAGCAGGAAAGUGAACUAAUCGAGGCGGACAGCCAACUGAGGGACGAAACCGACUCGUUUGGUCGGCAGGAAGUGGCCAUGGCAACCGGCAACAUUGACAUUACCGUCGGCGGUAGCAACCCCCGCCGGCGUUUGUACCAGCAAACAACUGUCCAGGUGGGUGGCGGCAACACCCCCGACGAGCAAACACCCCAAAGGACGAGGCCCAGGGACCUGCCGUUGGGCAGCACCACCGGCACCAGCACCAGCACCACAAAGACAAUGCUAACAUCCACGCCAAUUGGCACGAAGGAGCAACCGCAAGCGGGUCCGAAAACUCUAGUUAGUCCAGCUGCAACGUGCCAAUUGCGUGGUUCUUCGACGGAAGAGCCCCGGAAAAUUGUAAGCCACAAAACGAUAACCAGCACAACGACCAAGUCCACUUCAUCCUCCUCGUCCUCGUCCACGUCGCGCAAAUUAAUCGAAUCGUCGCCGGUCGUCGGGAAUAUCUCGCUAACACGUACGGAAAAGUUCAACGCCGGUGACAACGAUAUCGACAUUGAUAACGAUUCGGACACGGAGGGCAGACCGGCCAGUAGUAUAGUGAUUGUGUCCACCCCCACGCGACCCACCACACCGGCAUCCGCGUCCGCAUCCGCAUCCGCAUCCGCAACCCCAUCCGCAUCCGUAUCCGUGUCAGCUGCCCACGCCCUCAGUGGCAUCGGCACUUUCAGCAAGAGUCUGCGCCAGGAUUAUCAGACUCUGGCAACGCAAAGUGGCCGCAGCAACGAAUCCCCCAGCGACCAGGAAUACCAGGAGUUCCAGUCCACCAUGGCGUCCAUUAACUACGCCCGCAGCAAUUCCCAGUACGACAGCCAUAUCAAGGAGAAACGAGAGGAGCAAGAACGUGUGCAGAAGAAGACAUUCACUAAUUGGAUUAAUUCAUACCUAUUGAAGCGUGUUCCACCGCUUCGUAUAGAUGAUUUAAUCAAUGAUUUACGCGAUGGUACCAAACUAAUUGCAUUGCUCGAAGUUCUGUCCGGCGAACGUCUGCCCGUGGAGAAGGGCCGCGUUCUGAGACGUCCUCAUUUCCUCAGCAAUGCCAACACGGCAUUACAAUUUUUGGCCAGCAAACGGAUCAAGUUGGUCAAUAUCAAUCCCGCAGAUCUGGUGGACGGGAGACCACCAGUUGUGUUGGGUUUGAUAUGGACGAUCAUCUUGUACUUCCAGCUUCGUAAAAAGAGGCGGAAAAACUUAGUAGUAGUUAUAAAUUAUGCGCCACAGAUCGAGGAGAACAGCCGCAACCUAGAGUAUUUGGGUCAUGGUAUUGGCGGUUCGGUUAGUUCCCUCGACAGUGUUGGCAACCAAAAGCACGGCGAUCUAAAGGCUGAGAAAUGGAAGCAGGGUGCCAGGAAGACCCUGCUCAACUGGGUGACCAAUGCCUUGCCAAAAGACAGUGGUGUGGAGGUGAAGGAUUUCGGAGCCAGCUGGAGAGAUGGCGUCGCUUUCCUCGCCCUUAUCGAUGCCAUCAAGGCGAACCUGGUCAACUUGGCUGAUCUGAAGAAGACCAGCAACCGUCAGCGCUUGGAGACUGCUUUCGAUGUGGCCGAAAGCAAGUUGGGCAUUGCCAAACUCCUGGACGCUGAGGAUGUGGACGUACCCAAGCCGGAUGAGAAGAGUAUCAUGACAUAUGUGGCGCAAUUUUUGCACAAGUAUCCUGAACCAAAGGGUGCUUCACGCGACCAAUCGCAUGUGCAGCAGGAAGCGGACGAACUGCGUCGCUUCCUGGUGGAGAAGACAACCGAGUACGAGCCCAUGGUCAUGAUGAGCUCGUUCCCACGCGAUUUUAGUGAAUACUUACUGGCACGUUCGGAAGUCGAUGCCCAUCUGGCGGCAUACAACCGCCUGAAACAGCUCAUCGAGAGCCAGAGCGGAUUCCUGCAGGUCUCCCGCCAAUCUUGGGAGGAGAUCAACGAGCUGUGGCAGCGCCUCCAGUACCAGAUGAUGUACUGGCUCUGGCUGCUGGACUCUGAGCUGCCCGGCGACUUUGGCACCGUUGGCAAAUGGUUAGCCGAAGCAGAGAAACUACUAAUGGACAAUGAUAUACCCAAUGCAAUGAACGAGGAGACGGCCGCUGUGAUCAGCAGGAAGCUGGAGGAGCACAAGCUCUUUUUUGCCGAUCUGCCUCGCAUUGUGGCCAUGUUUGAGAAUGCCAAGCGGUCACCGCUGGCCCAGCAGAUUCCCCUGGAGCAGUUGCGCAACAUGGAACGACGCCUUCAGGAAGUCGGACCGAAGGCAGCGGAGCGCAGGAUUCGUUUGAAGUUCCUGGAGCACAAGUGCUGUCUGAUCGCCUUCUUAAAUCUUGUGGAGAACAAGAUGCGCGGCUGGACUGGAAAGUACGGGCACGAGGAGAAGGUGGCCCAACAGCUGGAGCAGUACAAGAACUUUGUGUCGCGCAACAAGAUCUUCCAGGAGUUCCAGAAAGCCUUUGUCGAUAUGCAACAGGUGGUGGAUGAGUACAAGCGUGAGGGCAAUGUGCCGCGCAAGGAGAUUAACGAGAUCGAUCGCUUUAUGUUCGAAACCGAGGAACGCUGGAAGCGUGUUUCCAUGGAACUCAAGUGCUGCCAGAAUUCCUUGGAGGAAGUGGUCAACUGCUGGCGCAGCUGGAACCAAUUGGCCCCCACUUGUGAGGAGUGGUUGCUGCUGGCCGAACAGAAGGUGAACCAGAGCGAGGAUGAGCGUCUGGACUUUUUCCAGGAUAUACCCGUGUGGAAGGACAAGUUUGAUGCCCUUGCCAAUUCGGCUAACUACUUGAUUGCCUCCUGUGAGGAGCCCAUUGCCCAGCAGUUGCGUCAACGACAUGGAGCUCUUUCCGAGCGAUUUGAGCGUUUGUUUGCCAACACCAAGCAGUACAUGCAUGCUGGAGACAUUAUCCGUUCCCGGCAGGAAUACAAGUCGGGCAUAGAACAGCUUUCCCGAUGGCUGCGAGGUGCAGAGAGCGUUUUGGACCAGCGGCAAGUUCUUGGCAACAGUGAACAAAUUAAGCAGUACGGCCAGCAGUUGCAGCAAUUGGCCAGCGAAAUCGAUGACAACGAGGAACUGUUCAAGACCAUCAGCAGAAACUUCCAGUCCCUGAUACAAGAUCUUUCCCGCGACGAGGUGGACAAGAUGAUGAAGCUUCUCAAGCAAGAGAAGGAAUCGCUGGUGCGCAUACGUGCCCAGUUGCCGGCCAAGCUGCAUCUCUUCCACCAACUUCAGAUUCAACAGGAAUCUCUGGAGGCUGGACAAAAGGAAAUCCAUCAGUGGUUGAGUGAGGCUGAACAGCUUCUGGGAACCCAUAACCUUUCUGGAGGCCGUGAUGCCAUCAAUGAGCAACUCCAGAAACACAAGACCUAUUUCUCGCGCACCGUCUACUAUCGUUCCAUGCUGGAGAGCAAGAACAAGGUGUUCCAAAACCUUCUGAAGGCCGUGUCUUCGGACGACAAGAUCGACACUGCUCCUGCUUCGCAGCAAAUGCAACAGCUGAACGAACGCUUCAACUAUGUGAUCCAGAAUGCCCAGCAGUGGGAGCAGCGCUUGGACUCGGCAGCUGGUGGAUGGAUCAACUUCAAGGACAACGAACGUGUGGUCAGCGAGUGGCUCACGCAGGCGGAGUCCAUGCUGGUGGAGAAGCACAUCGAAUCGAAGACCACAAUCGAGACGCAGAAAUACUUCUUUGAGCAGGUCAACGAUCGCUGGAUGAACGAUCUGGUGCAGUCGGCCCAACAACUUCUGACCACUUUGCCCGCCCAGGAGCAACCUGCAGUGGUUCAGAGCGUGGAGCAGUUGCAAUCCCGCUGGAAGAAUGUGCUAUCCCAGGCUCCAUUGCACUUGCUGAAACUGGAGUUUAGACUGGACGAAAAUGCCUUCUAUCAAUCUCUGAAGGAUGUGGAGAAGGAGUUGCAGCUGGAGCAGCAGGCUCUCAAUCGCAACGAGGAUGUGGACUCCAUUCUGCAGCGCAACCAGCAGUUCCUCCUCCAACAGGAUGUGGUUCCCCGCCUGGAGCGUUGCCUUCAAAACAUGCAACGAUUGGCUCAUGCCCACAGGCAACAACAGCCCGGUGACAUUAGUCUGGAUCAGGCCUACGACAAUGCCAAGUCCCAGUGGCAACUGUUGUCCAACAAACUGGGUGACAUGCGUCAGACUCUCCAGCAAAUCCCAGCCCAAUGGCAGGGAUAUCAUCUGAAAUUCAACGACAUGGUCGAUUGGAUGAACGGUGUGGAUCAGAGUCUGAAGAACAUCGUCAAUGAAGUUAAUACCAUGGAGGAAUUCGAGAAGGAGAAGGUUGUCUUCCAGCUGAGGGAGCUAGUGAAAAUCUGCCAAGAUGCUGACAACAAACGCGAGGAUAUGAAGUGGCUGGUCAAGACCUUGGACUCUCUUCUAAGUUACGCAACCGAAGAUGAGGCUAAUCUAGAGCAGAAGAAGCUGGAGGACCUGAUCGCUCGCUACAAGAACCUCAUACCCACGAUUGAGAUCACCAUGGUCAAGACGGAAGUGUUCUCCAAGUGCUACACUUACCGCAGGGAAGUUCACGAGGUUGUCUGUCUGCUAAGCAAGGUCAAGGAUCAGACGGCCAAUAUCCCAGCUCCCGACAGCCUGGAACGAGUGAAUCGUCUGAUUGAAGAGCAGCAAUAUGCCAUCAAUCAGCUGGAUCACCAGCGUCCCCACAUCAUGUCCAUGCUACAAAGAGGACGUGACCUAAUCAAGGAUGUGCACGCCCCAGCCUUUGUGAAUACUGAUGUGAAGAAUCUGGAGACGGGAUGGAAUCAGGCUUACACUGAAACUUCUGACAAGCUGCAGGCCCUCAAGGGCACCCAGGCUGUGUGGAGCGACUUUGUGGACCAGAAGAACGACAUCUUCUCCAUGUUGCAAACUGCGGAAACAGAGCUUCGUUCCCUGACUCCACUGCAAACCGAUCCCAAGAACGUCAGUCAGGACUUGAAGUCCAAGAGAGAUCUGAAUGUGCAGCUGCAGCAGGCUUCCCAUCAACUCCUGCCUAAGUUGCAUGCUCUCAAAUCAGAACUGGCUCCUCUGGCUGCCGCCGACAAGCGUCCCAUCCUGGAGAAGGAAGUGACCGAGGUGGAGAAGAUGUUCUUCAACACCAUGGAGCAUGUAAAGGAUCGCGUGGGCUAUCUGGAGGACUACAGUGCCAAGUGGAAUAACUACAAGACACGCCUAGCCGAGCUGCAGGAAUGGGCCAAUAAGGUGGCGCCAAAGAACAUCGAGGCCCUUCAGUCCGAGGACCUCACACCGGAGGAGCGAGUGGUCAAGGUGCAGGCCUUCAAGCGCAUCCUUGGGGAUCGCAUGAAGCAACUGGAUCUUCUGGCCGCCGAUGCCUCCGAAUUGGCGCCCAAGGAGGGCAACAUUGCCGAGGCCAAGCGACUCAAGGGCGAGAUCACCAAGCUGCAGGAGGUCCUCAGUGCCAUCAACCGCAACGUGGACCACCAGGCACAGGCUGUGCAGGAGGAUCUCGUCAACUGGCAGCAGUUCCAGGCCGGUCUGCAGCAAAUCAAGCCAGCCGUGGAGCAAAGCGAAGUCAAGGUAAAUAAUGUAGUUUCUAAGCCCAUCUCCCUCGAAGAAGCCGUUGCCAUGCAACAGAAUGCCCAACAAUUCGAGACACAGUGCCAGGAGCAAUUGGACAAGCUCCAUGGCAUAUCAAACAUCAGUCAUAAAAUGUUAUGUAAGACCAAUGCUCCCGACGAAUUGGACGCCAUGCACUCGCGUUGGUCGGCUGUCCACGAGAACGCGAAACAGGCGAGCGCCAAGCUCGAAAAGUUGGUGGGCAAUUGGAAGUCGUUUGACGCCGAUGCCGCCAAGCUGGAGGAUUGGGUUGGGCAGGGCGAGCAGCUGAUGUCCAGGCGACCAGCUGUCCUCAACACGCCGCACAUUGACAAGCUCGAAAAGGAGCUGGUCAAGCUGAAGUCCUUCAACAACGAGAUCUCGCAGCAGCAAGCUAAGCUCGUAACUCUGGGUCAAAAUGCCGAUCAGAUUAGUUUGCACUUGGCGCCCGAAGGCGCUGCCGCUCUUAAGGAUCGCGUGAACCAAAUGAAGGGCAAGCUUCAGAAGCUCUCGGAAGCCACUCGCGGCCACAUCAACGAAGUGUCCGAUGCCAUCAUUUCCCGGCAGGACUUCAAUGCCAAGUUGGUGAACUUCUCGAACUGGAUGGAACAGCUGCGUAACCAGGUUACGCAAGUGGAGGAAAUCAACCCGGAGCGUGUGGAAACCAGUCUGCAUGUUAUCCACGCCCUUCUGCAGGAACAUGCCGAUAAAAAGCCAAGUUUCAAUGCCAUCUACGAUGAGGUUAAGCAAUUGGCCUUGGGAGCCACUCCCGAAGAGUCGAAUGCCCUGAAUGAUGCCUACACCGCUUUAGUGGUUAACUAUCAAAACCUAGAGACCAACAUGCUGCAAAAGAAGGCGGCUCUGGAGAAGUGGACUGAAUUGUUGGGCUGGAAGAACGACACGGAGUCGCAUUUGAACUACUUAAAACACCAGCUUGACAAACCGGAAGGACCCGCUGCCGAGGAGCUGACCAAGGUCAUCGAUGAGAUCGAUAAUUUGGGUCAAGGCAUUGGGUACUGGAAGGGUCAGGCCAAGGAGAUCGACGAAAAUCCAGCCAUUCAGUUAAGGGAUGCUCUGUCCCGUCGUCCACUGAUUGCCACCCAAAUUGUGAAUGAUGUUGAGAACAAAUUGGAGAACCUAAGGUUACGCUCGCAGAAUCAACAGCAGCAAAUCCAACAGAUGACCGUGCGCAAGGACAAGUUCCAUGCGCUGGAACACAACUUUGGCCAGGCGCUGCAGGAGAAUCGCGCCAAGCUGGACGAGAUUCUCAGACAGCAUCCGACGCUGAACAACAUCGACCAGAUCAUUGCCGAUUUGGUGGCUCUGAAUGAUGCCCUAAAGUACCAGGCGGAUCUGAAGAAUCGCAUUCAUGACGAAGGUUCUUUGCUGAUGCGUGAGGAUAUUGCCAGCAUGCCUGCCAUUCAGGAGAGUCUUCUUGUCAUGGAUAAGAACUAUGAUUCGCUUCAAAACGAGAUUGCCGAUCGCAUACAGAAAUACAAUUUGAUCAGCCAGGCAUUGAGGGAGUACGCCGAUUCCAAGGAUAAGUUCUCCAAGGAGCUGAAGAAGGCAGAAGAUUUGUUUAAUGCCAUACCGCAACAGCCACGCGAUGAGACUGAGCUCCAUCAAGCUUCCGAAAAGACCAGAAAGACCAUGGAACAGUUGCGCAAAUCCAAACUCUGUUUGGAUGAACUAGAGCGGCGGGGCAACAAUGUGGGAAAACUGUUCAGUGCAAUUGGAGAGCCAAUUCCCCAGGAAGUGCCACAGGAGGUGACAGCAGCCAAACAGACCUGGCAGGAUCUGCACGACAAGACGGCCAAGAACGCCCAUGUCUACGAGACUGAAGCCGUGAUUUGGUCGCAGAUCGAAGAUGCCAAGAAGGAUCUGCUUCCCUGGUUGUCGGAAACCAAUCAGGGACUCUGCGAUGCUGCGGAUAACUCAAUUGAAAUUGAGUUUGGACCCAUGCGUCUGAGCAAAUAUCGCACCGAGUUGCCUUCCUACCAGGCUCUGAAGGAUUCGAUUGUAGAGAAAACAAAUGAUUUGGUCAAGAUCAACAGAGGCGCGGAGAUCCCCGCCCUAUCUGCACUCAAUAAACUCCUGACUGAUCAGUUCGCUGAGGUGAGCAACAAUGCUGAUCGCUUAAGUGCUGUCACCACUUCGUUUAAUGAUCAGGAGCAGGAGUUGCGCAAACGCUCAAAGGAAGCUGGCGAGCGGGUGAGCAAACUGCGUGAGCAGCUCAUCAAGUGCGACGACAUGUCCGGUGAUAAUAACAAGAUCAUGGAACGUUUGCUGCAAUGCCGCGCCCUGCGUGGCGAACUUGACAAUAGCGGCAAUGAAAUUGACAACAUUAAACAAAAGGUCGACGAGCUGCGUAAUCUGUAUCCCACUUUCAGUGAGUCCAUCAUACCGAAGGAACUGAAUAACGUGCAAAAGCGCUACGAGAAUGUUGAUCUCUAUGCCAAGAAGAUCGAAAGUUCUCUGCUGCAGUUCCUUAAGAAAUUCCACGCCGAUAAAGUGGGCAUGCUGAAGCGCCUCAUUGCCACUCAACGCGAGAAGGUAGCUUGGUGUCAGCCGGAGUCGUCCAGUGACAAAUACAAUCUGGACGUGAAGAAGUCCUCGCUACAGGAGGUCAGCAAGAGCAUUGAUGACUGCAAGGCGAGACAUGCCGAAACACUGAAGUCACUGGAAAUGCUAAAGGCUGUCGAAUCGCCACAGAACCUGGCUGAACUUACCAGCGAUGCUGAGCUUCUACGCAAGGACAUGCAGGCCCUUCAGGAUAGCUUUGACAAAAUCAAGGGAAUCCUCGACGAAAAUGUAGAUUUGUGGUCGCAGUAUGAGCAAUCGAAUGAGCAGAUUUCCAACUGGCUGCGUGACGUUGAAGGAAGGGUCAAGGCAGAGACCAGCAGCCAAGUUAAUCUACCCGAGGUGCCACAAAAGCUUCAGGAAUUGUCUAUACUCCAACAGGAUGUCUUGGCUCAUGAGCCCAUCAUAAAUAACCUGGAGCAAACAUCCCAGCAACUAAUUGAAAAGAACCCGGAGGCGAGAAUUGGACAGUUUGUUACCCACUUAGUGCAGCGUUAUCAGGCCGUGGCUAAAGCUCUGACUGGCUACAUAGACAAGAUCCGUAGUGCUCAGUUAUCCAAUGCUAACUUUGCCAAGGCAGCCAAGGACUUCAAUGAAUGGUUCGGCGAUGCCAAGAUCGAAUUCCAGGAAUUGGCACGCAUGGGAUCCCCUGGGUCUUCUUCUGCCACAGCUCAACAGUUGCAAACCGUCAAAAACUACAUCAAGACCUUUGACAAUGGACAGAUUCUGUUGAACAACGCUGUGGACAUUGGUGAGGCCCUCUAUCCGGUGGUUUCCCCCGACAACCGCGAACGCAUCCGUUCAGAUCUUCGCCAAAUGCGUGAGAAGUUCGAUUAUCUGCGUGAUGAGGCAAAUGCGUUUAUGCAGCAGGUUGAGGGUGUUUUGAUUCAAAAGACCUCGAUCGAAGAAAGCUACACCCAGGUUUCGCACUAUCUCAACGAAUCGAAAGCUAAGGUUCCCGCUGGUGACGAAUUGUACCCAACUCUGGCCACCAAAAAGGCUGCUCUGCAGAAUUACAAGACUCAGCUGCAGGAAAUAACACUUCACAAGAACGCCCUGAAGCAAUUGCACGACAAGGCUGUGACACUGUGUGAUGAUGAGUCGGAGAGGAAGACCGACGAAUCUAUCCAGGAGUAUAACACACUCUCCAAGAAGAUUUCCGAUAGGAUUGCGACCGUGGGAAAUCAUGUGGUCAAACAUGAAGCAUACGAUCAAGUGCUUGAAAAGGCACAAGACUGGUUAAAUACCAUUAAAUCCGAAGCUAUUGACAUUCUCAACGAGACUACUUUUGAGAAGGAGGGCGCGGAGGAAAAACUUCUUGUGGUGGAAAAUCUUCUACAGCACAAGCCCGAGGGUGAUUCCAUUUUCGAUACCUGUCACAAGUUAUUGGAAACGGUGCUUACACAAACCCAUCCCAAUGGCCAUCCAGCUCUGCUCAAGGGUUUCGAGGAACCAAAACAAUCUUGGGAGGACUUCAUGACGCUGUGUCAGGACUCGGCGGUAAAACUAAAACAACUCUGCUCCAAAUGGGAUGAGUUUGACACGAUCAUAGAAGAACUCGAUAACUGGAUGAAGAAUGUGGAGGCUGUUGUAAAGAACCAGAACCUCAAAAGCACAGCGGAAGCGAAGAAUGCCCACUUGAAGCAGCUCCAGGAAAUUGCCAAGGAUAUUGAACGCCGGGGAUCGGCCAUCAAUGAUCUGAUGGAUCAGGGACGUGAGAUCGAAGGUGAAACCGAUUUGAACCUCAAGUUGUCCCGCCUGAAUACUCGCUAUCAGACCCUGAAAAAUCUAUGCAAGGAAUCGAUAGCCAAGUAUGUGAACUAUGUAAAGGAUCACGAGAGCUUCGAUAACGAUUUCGAUGCAUUCAAGCAGAGUCUUCAGUCUUCAGUUGACGAGCUAUCCAAGGCCAAUGAGAUUGUGGGCGAUCAAAGCGUGCUGCAGGAUCAGCAGAACAAACUCCGCGAAAUGUCCGACAAACGCAUUUCGGAUUCCACUCUUUUCGAGGGCCUCAUCGAUCGGGGAGAGAAGCUUUAUGGUCACACCAGUCCGGAAGGUCGUGAGAUCAUUCGCCAGCAAUUGCGUUCUCUGCGCACGCUGUGGGACAACUACACUGAUGACUUGAAUUCGGCCACACAGAAGAUCGAUCAGUGUCUGCUGCAGUUCAACGAGUUCAGCAUUGCCCAGGAUCAGCUCACAAAGUGGCUGAAGGAUGUCGACAAGGCCAUGCAGAGCCACACCGAACCAAAGACUACGCUGCAGGAAAAGCGAGCCCAACUACAGAACCACAAAUUGCUCCACCAGGAAAUCACCACGCACAAUGUUCUUGUCGAUAACGUCUGCGACAAGGCCCAGAUACUGGUGGAUCAAAUCAAGGAUAACUCGUUGAAUGUGUACCUGGCCUCGAUUAAGCAACUUUUCCAGAGCAUCGUCCAAAAAUCCGAUGAGAUCUUACACAACUUGGAGGAUUGCGUUCAGAAGCACAAUGAAUUAAACAAUGCCUUGUCUUCGGCCAAGACGUGGAUCUCGAAUGAGAAGGCCAAGUUGCUGGAAUGUGAUGAUGCUUAUGGCGAAAAAGCGGACAUUAAGCGAAAGAUCGAAACGUUGGGACAACUGGCUCAGAACAAACCCCAGGCCAUGAAGUUGAUCAGCGAUAUACGUGAUCUAUUUGAGAAGGUGAAGGCCACGACUUCUGAGAAGGGCAAUGAAGUGCUGGACAAGGAGAUCGAGGAGUUGGAGACCACCAUGAAGAGCCAUUUCGACGACAUCGAGGGCAUUGAAGGCAAGCAGAGGGAUGUGCUCGCCCAGUGGGACAAAUUUGAAAAGGCGCUAGAAGAGCUGACCAAGUGGUGCCGCAAUGCGGAGGCUGUAUUCCGUGAACAGCAGCUUAAAUCGACGCUUCACGAGAAAGUGGAACAACUGGAAAAGUACAAGAUCCAAAGGGAGUUGAUAAUCCAAAAAGAAAAGGAGGUCGAUGCCUUCGGAGAUGCGGCCCAUGCCCUGCUCAACAAUUGCGGAGCCGAUCGCCUAAAGACACUAACCACCCAGGUCACCAAUCGCUAUCAGCUGUUACAGGUUCUGAGCAAGGAAGUGGUCAACCGCUGGUCCAACCUUGUCGAUGACCACCAAUUCUACCAGGACAAGUACAACGAGGUAGAUUUGUGGCUGCAACCCAUUGAAACGCAAAUGCAGAAGGUGCUAUUGGAUGAAUCCACCCAGAGUUCAAACAUCCUGCAAGUGCUGCUGUCUGAAAAAGAGCAGGCAGAGGGCCUAUUCGCUGCUCUAAAUGCAGCUGGAGAAAAGGCUUUGCCAGAGACUUCAACUCAGGGUAGGGAGAAGAUUCGCAAGGACUUGCGUGAUAUCCGCGAUCGUUGGGAUAAACUGGAUGAAGGCAUUCGAAAUCUGGAAAAACGUCAGGAGGCACAGGGAGUACAGCUCUCCAGCUACCAGGACAUUCUUAACCAAACCGUCAACUGGUUGGAUCAAGUGGAGAAAGUUAUUCACAAUGAAAACCCAGCCAGCUGGACCAGCGCUCAGGAAAUUCGGUCGAAAUUGUACAAGUACAAGGCCACAAACCAGGACAUCAAUUCCCAUAAACGCAUCGUCGAGGCAGUAAAUGAAAAGGCAGCGGCCCUUUUGGGAAGCGCAGCUCCUGCAAAUGCGGAUGAGAUUUCCAAGGCAGUGGCUGAGGUGAACAAGCGGUAUGAUCAAGUGGGUCAGGACUGUGCCAAAUUAGUGGCUGAUCUUGACGGAGCAUUCGAUGUGUACCAGCAGUUUAGUGAGCUGCAAAAGGCUCAGCAGGAUUACCAAAAGAAUCUUUGGGAUCGUCUCACCGGUUACUCCGACUACUCAGGCAAUAAAGCAGCGCUACAAGCUCGUCUCCAAAAGAUUACCGAGAUUCAGGAUGCUUUGCCGGAAGGUGUGGCCAAACUCAAGUCCCUGGAAGAUCACAUUGAACAACAAGCCAGCAAUAUUCCCGCCCGAUCUAAGGACGCAAUGGCCCGUGAUCUGGCCAACUUGCAUGCUGAUUUUGAGAAGUUUGGUGGCUCUUUGAGUGACGUGAAGAGUGGACUAGAGAAUCGUCUUCAGCAAUGGAAUGAUUACGAAGUCAACUUGGAUCGCCUGAUAAAUUGGCUGGGUGAGGCGGAGAAUGCUCUGAAGAACUACAACCUGAAAUCGUCGUUUGAGGAGAAGGAAGAGCAAUUGAAUCGUUUCCAGUCCCUGGCUCAGAACUUGCGUCAAAACGAAGCAGACUUUGACAAGAUGAAGGACGAUACCUCUGAGCUGGUGCAAAGCUCUGGCGAAACUAGGAUUGCUGUAAAUGUGCAGCAGGUCUCUUCCCGAUUCCAAUCGAUACAAGCUACCGCUAAGGAGAUUCUUAAGAAGUGCGAGCAGGCUGUCCAGGAUCAUGGCCACUUCAACGACAAGUACAAGCAGUGUGCGGAUUGGUUGGCAAAUGCCCAGGCACGUUACGAUGAUUGCUGUGACUUGUCCACAGUUGCAUCCCGUGAUGACCUACUAAAGAAGCAAUUGGUUAUCCAGGAGCUCCUGGCGCAGCAGCCAACUGCUACUCAGCUUCUUAACAGCACCGUUGAACUGGGCGAGAAGUGCUACGGUUCCACAGCGACCGAAGGACGUGAUGCCAUUCGCAGUCAGCUGGAUGAUCUGACCUUCGAUCAAUUGUUUGACAACAUUGCCAUCACAGCGAGGAAGAUUCAAGAUAAAAUUGCCAAAUGGUCUGGCUUUGAUGAGAUUGCCGACAAUCUGAAGAGCUGGUUGGACGAAACAGAGAAUGCACUUCCAGCGGAUAUUGAGCUGAAAACAACACUGGAUGAGAAACGGACUAAACUACAAACCUAUCGUGACAUCCUGAACGACAUUAAUAACCACCAGGUGGAGUUGGGUAAUCUUCAAGAGAUUGCCGCCAAUUUGCCGGAGAAGACGGACCUUGUGGACCAAAUCCUUAAGGACAUUUCUGAUCGGUUUAGAAAGCUGCAAAAGCGUGCCCAGAACUACGUGGAGCGGUACGAGGGUAUUGUGAGUGCUCAUCAGCAGUACUCCAAGGCCGUGAUGGACGCUCAAGAGUUUAUCGAUGCCACCCUAAACACCGUCCACUAUUGGGGCGAUUUGGAUCUGGAGCAGAUCUCAUUGCACACGAACCUCGAUCGCCUGAAGAAUCUUAAGGCUAGUUUGGCUGAUGAAUUCCCGCGAGUUGAUCAAGUCAGGGCUUUGGGCGAGAAGGUCAUUCCGGGCACGGUGGAUGUGGGUCAGGUGAACAUUAAGUCCCAGAUUGACACCACCCAGCAGGAAUGGGAGAGUCUACUGGCCACCAUCAGCUCCACCAUUGAAGGUAUUGAAGCGCGCUUGCAACAUUGGUCGGAGUAUGAACAAUUACGCGAUCAGUGUCUGGCUUGGAUCCGUGAUACCGACAACAACCUUCACGCAAUCGAUCUUAAGGAGGAUCUGCCAAAGAAGCGUGCUCAGUUGGAUGCACUGAAGGCUCUCCAAGGAGAUGUUCGCGCCAAGGAACUGGAGGUUGAUAAUGUCACGGAAAAAGCACAAACCCUGCUUAAGGGACCCAGCAGCAAUCGAGCCUCGGGUCCUGAAUUGGUGACCAAGUACCAACAGAUCUUCCACAAGGUUAAGGAACUGAACAACCGCUGGCAGCAGUAUGUUACUUCCCACGAAGACUUUGACAAUGCAAUUUCAGACUGUUCCUCAUGGAUCAAUGACAUCAAAGAGAAAUUGGACUACUGCUCUGACAUGUCAUCUAUGAGUCCGAAAGAGCUGGAUAAGAAACUGGCCACUAUUCAAGAUGUUAUCUUGCUGAAGGACGAAGGUUCUGCUCGUGUCCUGAAGAUCCUGGAGCAGGCUCAGCAUGUGCUGGCUAACACGGCUCCCGCAGGUCAUGAGGCCAUCAACAAGGACCUCACAGAUCUUCAGGAUCUUUGGUCAGGAAUUGCUCUGCGCAUCAUGGAUGUUAAAUCUAAUCUGGAUGACUCGAUUACUCAAUGGUCAGGUUUUCUGGACCAAGUGCAAAAUGUUCGCAAAUUCAACGAGUGGUUGGAUGGCUUGGUUAAGGAAUUAAGCGAACACCAAACAACUAUGACAGAGAAGCGAGCUCAGUUAGAUCGGGUUAAAUCUACGGAGGAAAAGGUGCGCGUGGAGAAGAUCGAUGUGGAUGCCCUUAAGAUCCAAGCCAAGGAAAUGAUUGCUAGCGGUCAGCAGAGUCAGGCGGCCUUCCAAGCUCAGAAAGUGUUAGAUACGUUUGAUGAACUUUUUGCUAAGACCCAAAAACUACUAUCAGAUCGCCAAGAUCAGUACAGGGAUCACCGAGUCUUUAAGGAGGGCUACGAUGAUUUGGUUAGCUGGAUUGGACGGGCCCGCGAGAAAUUCCCUUCAUUGAAACAGAGCAGCUUAAGCGAUAAACUGGCCAUCGAAAAUGCUGUCCAUGCCACGGAAGCUCUUCUCAACAAGCAGGCUCAGGGUGAACUCCUGGUGGAGCACUUGGUCCACACUGGAGAAGUGGUGCUGGCCAGUACGUCUUCUCAAGGUCAGGAGAUCAUUAGGAAUGACAUCCGAGCCCUGCGCGACAGCUUCGAGGGUUUGUUCCGUGAAAUCAACCAGCAGAAGGAGAACCUCGAGGUCACCAUGGUGCAGUGGCGUGCCUACAAGGAGGAGUAUGAGCGGCUGAUGGAAUGGUUGCAACAGAUCGACAUCCUUGUAAAGAACCACAAGCUUAACCUGUGCCCCAACCUUCCCGAUAAAGAGAAACAGGUGGCUGAUAUGAAGGAAGUGAUGUCAAGGCUUGAAAAGGGCAAGGAUGACAUUGAUAAGUUCAAUGCUUCGGCUGCCAGUCUUUUGAAGUCCCACCUGGACACUUAUGUGAACAAUCAGCUAAGGCACUUGGGUUCCGUCUAUCAAGUGCAAGUAAACCUAGCCAAGGAUGUCCUCAAGAAAGUGGAAACCAAUCGCGAUCAACAUCGUGAAUACGAUGCUAAUAUGAAAUCAGCCAAGGAUUGGAUUGCCAAUGCUAAAGCCACUAUUCAAUCGGCAGGCGAAGGAGCUGGCUCCAAGGAGGCUCUGCAACGGCGCCUGGAGCAAAUCCAGGAUCUGAUUCGCAACCGUGAGCUUGGUCAAAAUUUGGUACACACGGCUAUUAACAAUGGCGAAAAGAUAAUCAGAAACACUCGCUCCGAUGGACGUGAUGCUAUCAACAGUGAAAUGAAGGAACUCCAGACCGAUUGGGACCGCCUGGUUAAGAAAAUGUCCACCGCCAAGGUGCAAUUGGAGACGAAUCUGUUGCAAUGGGCAGACUACAGUUCUAGCUACUCGCAAUUGCAGCAAUGGAUUACCGAUAGGGAGGCCAAGUUGCAACAGGCCUGUGAGCAGAAGAUCGUUAAAUCCAAGCGUGGUCAACCCGGUCUCAGCUGUGGCUUAAGCGAACGCAAGGCCAAUCUCCGCCAGACAAACAACAUUGUGCAGGAUAUAGUGUCUUUUGAACCCAUGAUUCAGUCGGUUACAUCCAAGGCUUCAGUUCUCCAGCAGGGUGCUCCAGGCACUGAGAUAUCGGAUAAGUACGAGAAUCUUACCAAACAAGCCAAGGAUCUGUAUGAGAAGCAGAAGAACACCAUUGAGAGCUAUCAGUCUUUGAUUGAUGCUGGUAAUGAAUUUGCCACCUGGCUGAGAAACGCCAAGGAGCGUUUGAGCAAGUGCUCUGAACCCACGGGAGAUAAGCAAGCUCUGGCCGAGAAGACCCAUCAACUAAAGAUUCUGCAGGGUGAGCUGCCUGAAGGUGCUCAGAAACUGAAGAAUGCUCUGGAGCAGGGCGAGAUCGCUUGCCGCAGUGCAGAGCCGGAGGAUUGCGAAAUCAUCGAACAGGAAGUGGCCCUUCUUCAGGAGGAAUUCGAUGCCUACAGGGAAGCCCUUAAUAAGGCUAAGGAUUAUCUAGAAGUGGGCAUUGUCAAGUGGUCCGACUACCAGGAUCAGUACACUGAAGCUUUGGAGUGGUUGAGCAAGACCGAAGCCUUGGUGCAAUCGUACAACAAACUCCAAGAUAGUUUGAUCCAAAAGAAGGUGGUCCUCGAGCAAUUCCAGGGACAUCUGCAGACCCUGUUUGACUGGCAGAAAACUCUGGAUGACCUUAACAUGAAGGCCCAGGUUCUCCUGGAGACUUGUUCCGACACAAGAAUCAGCAAUGCCAUCAUGCAGUUGACCACCAAGUACAAUGCUCUACUGACCCUGGCCAAGGAGGUGAUGCGUCGCCUGGAAAUGCACUACCAGGAGCAUCAGCAACAUCACAGUCUCUACGAAGAGUGUCAAUCUUGGAUUGAAAAGACCCGUGAGAAGCUCGCCGAGUGUGAGCAAAUACCCGGAACUCUUAGCGAAGUUCAAAUCAAAUUGAACACUGUGAAAAACCUUCGUCAAGGUUUCGAGACCGGUCAGAACAAGUUGCGUUAUCUUUUGGAACUCAAGGAGAAGGUGAUAAUGAACACCGAACAAAAUGGAGCAGCCAAAAUUCAGGAAGAUACCGAAUCCCUGAAGCAGGACUUUGACAAACUGUUGGUGGAUCUCAACGAUGUUCGCCAGAAAUUGGCCAAUCGUCUUGCCCAGCUGGAAGAGAUCUUCAAGCUUUACAAGAUCCUGGUCGAAUGGCUGGAGGAUGUCGAGCCGAGUGUCAAGGCCAGCGAUGAGUACCUCAACGAUUUAAGCGAGAAGCGUGCGGCGCUGGAGAAAUUCCGCGUCAUUCAACGUGACAUCAAUGGACAUAAUGAUAUUGUGGAAAAGAUCAAUCAGCGUCUUAAGGAGGAUAACAGCUUGGAUCUGAAUGACUUCCAACCGGGUCUGGGCAAAUUCGAUGAGCUGCAGACGCAGGUGAACAAGAUCAUCGAGUCACUGGAGAACCAGGUGAACAGCCAUGAGAAAUACAAGCAGGCCUACAAUGAGCUGCAGGAUUGGCUGCGUCGCACUCGCAUCGAAGUGGAGCAGUGCGCCGAUUGUCAUGGCGAGAAGGAUCAGGUGGAGAGUCGUCUGAAUCGAUUGGGAGACAUACAAUCCUCUUCCUUGGAGGGCAAAUCCCUGCUGGAAGCUUGCGAAGAGCUCAGCCAGGCGGUGAUUGCCACCAGCGGACGCGAAGGCCAGGACAAUGUGGCCCAGGAGAUCAAGCAUCUCACCUCGGAGUGGGAAACCCUCCAGGCUAUAUCCCGCGAUGCUCGCAGCAGUCUUGAGUCUUGUUUGGCUGCCUGGCAGACCUUCCUGCAGAAGUUUAACAAGAUCAACCUUUGGAUCGAAACGAUGAGCAAGCGCGUUACCAAAUCCCAAGAAGGCGAGAACAAGAACCCCGAAGAUUUGGUUAAUGCCAAGAAAUUGCUUGAGGAAGUGCUGGCCGAAAAGGAUAAUGUUGAGGACCUGAACGAUAACUGUGAGCUGCUCAUGGAGCAGAGUGCCUGCACUCGCAUUCGCGAUCAGACCAUCGAAACUCAGGCCAACUACACCAAGCUUCUGACUUCCGCCCAGGGAUUGGUGGCCAAGAUCGAGAAGAAUUUGUCCGAUCACACGGAGUUCCUUAACUACAAGAAGGAAAUGGACGCCUGGAUAGAGAAGGCCCAACAGGUCCUUGAUGACUGCUCCACCGAAGGCGAUGCCGCAAUCAUUGCCCAGAAACUGGAUACCGUCAAUUCGUUGGCUUCCCGCCUACCCGAAGGACAGCAUCUGUUGGCUUUGGUGCAGGAUGCCUAUUCAAAGGCCUCGAACAUCACGCCCGAGGAUAAACAAGAAAAGCUACGGGAACUGAUGACCAAGGUUCGUGAGGAUUGGGAUGCUCUGGGUCUGGCGGUAAAGGAAAAGUUGAGCGACCUGAAACAGGCCCAAAAUCGUUGGAACGAUUUUGCUGCCAACAAGGAUAGACUUGAGAAAUGGCUGAAUGAAACAGAGAAGACUCUUAAGGUGGCACCCGAAACAAAGGGUGAACUGAGCGAAAUGAAGACUUUACUGGAGCGCUACAAGACCCUUUCGAAUGAACUGAAACAGAAGGGUAAUGAGCUGGAGCAACUGCAGUCGGAGGCUCGUGAUUUGGGCACCGAAGUGGAUGCAGUGAAUCGCCUGCAAUCCCGAUGCGACAAGCUCAAGAACGAUUGCUCGGCUCACAUUGCUGCGCUGGAACAGGAGGUGUUCGACUAUAAUGCCUAUCACCAGAGUCUGCAGGAUGUGGAGAAGUGGCUGCUGCAGAUCUCCUUCCAGCUGAUGGCCCACAACUCGCUGUUCAUCUCGAACCGCGAACAAACCCAGGAGCAGAUCAAACAGCACGAGGCCUUGUUGGGUGAAAUUCAAAAGUAUCAGACCAAUUUGGAUGACUUGAAUGCCAAGGGUCAGGCGCAGAUUAAGCGCUAUGAGAGUACAACUCCGGCCAUUCGUCCCACUGUCGAGUCCCAGUUGAAGAACAUCCAGGACAGCUAUAACUCCCUGCUGCAAACCUCAGUGCAGAUAAAGAACCGCCUGCUGGAAUCGCUGGCCAAGUUCCAGGAGUACGAGGACACUCUGGACAGCAUUAUGCGUAAUCUGGAGGCAUAUGAGCCGAUCAUUCAAACCGAACUGGAUGCCCCGGCUACCAGUCUGGAAUUGGCUCAGAAUCAAUUGAGGUGUGCCCAGGAAAUGCAGAAUAAGCUGAACAAUGAGAAGUCCAGAUUGGCAGCCGCCGUUCAGGCCUGUGAGGCAGCUACUGCCUCCAUAAGUCGACCAAGUUCUCCAUUGGAAACCGCCAUGCAGGCCAUUCCUGAAAGGGAGCUUAUUGUGCGCGCCAAGCUCGAAGAUCUGCUGGAUCAGAAACCGCCUCCAAAGACUCAGAGCUCAACCGGAGAUGUUAACAAAGGUGAUGAUCAAGACGACGAUGAUGUUGAGAUCCAGGUUGAGCUCAGCGAUGUGAAUGAGGCGCUUUUGGAUCCAAUUGCCCACGAGCGUGUCAGCAACUAUCGUCGCAUAGUUCGCCUGAACAGCGCCCAUGUGGGCAAGCUGAAUGAACUAGUUGCUAAGGUGCAAUCCCACUUGGGUGGUUUGACUGCAUCCGUUAGCGAACUGGAGCAACAGCAGAAGCAGCGCGGCGAGCUGCAGGAUUGGGUGAAGAAGCAGCAGAGCUCCGUCUCGGAUUGGCUGAUGCGUCCUUGCAAGCUGCGUCCUGAGGCAGCUCAACAGGAGCUGGUAUCCAUGAACGAUUUGUUGAACUCCAUCGGUGACAAGAGAUCGCAACUGAUGUUGGAGAUGACAGGAUCAUUGGGCGAUGAAGACACCGAUCUGGAUGACAAUAUUGACAAGCUGGAAUCGGAGCUUAUGGACGCAAUUGCCAAGAAGCAGGCUGGCCAGAAUGUGAUCGAUGGCUAUCGCCAGGGAAUGGCGGAUGUCCAAAACUGGUUCGAUACCCUGAUCAAGCGAAUGGAUGUUUUGGAUCGCGGAUCGGGCUUGAAUUGUGCCCAGAAAACGGCGGCCAUAAAUGAGAUCAAGAACGAGUACGAAUUGCAGGGUCAUCCCAAGAUUCAGGAACUCAAGGGCAAGGCUUCCCAAGUGGCAGAGGUCAUCAGCAAUCUAGAUGGUCAGCAGGUUGAGGAACAAAUGAAGUCGCUGGACCGUCGUUUUGCCGAUCUUGGCAAGCGCAUCGAUCGCAAGGCCCAACUGCUGGAUGUGACCAACAAGGGAGUGGAGGGAGCCAAGGGCGAGAUUGAUCAGCUCCAGAAUUGGGUGAAACAGCAGAUCGAGGAGCUGCAGGCCCCCACUCCAUUGGGCUACACACCCAAGGAUGCGGAGGCGCGCCAGCAGAAGAUAAAGAGCCUGAUGAAGGAUGCCGAGGCCAAGCAAUCGUUGGCCGAUGUUUUGGAGAAGCGCGUGGCCAAUAUGCAGCAGGAGUUGGAACCCGUUGAAUACUCCCAACUGGAGUCCGCAUUGCGUAAUCUUAACACAGAGAAUCGCAAUCUAUCGGGCGUACUCAAGGCAGAAUUGGAUCGUGCUCUGGAGGCCAGCAAGGCUCGCAAAUCCCUGGAGAAUGAUCUGGAUAAGGCGCGCCAAUGGUUGAAGACCAAAAUCUCCGAGGUGCGCAAGUUGCCGGUUUAUCAUCCACUUACCUCCGCCGAGAUCGAGAAGAAGAUCCAGGAGAACCGGAAAUACGAUGACGAUGCCAAGCAGUUUAACGACAGUGUUUUGACUGAUGUUCAGCGUCAAGCGGCCAACAUAAUGAAGGAUUGCGAUGAUGCCGAUAAGGCUGCACUGCAGCAGAUCCUGGAUGAAAUUGCCGCCGAUUACCAGACUCUAAAGGAUGAGAGCGGCAAGAGAGGAAAGUCCCUGGACGAUCUCUUGCAAGGUCGCAAGGCAUUUGAGGAUUCGAUGAAGAACAUGGGCGACUGGUUGAACGAAAUGGAAACCGCCACCGAGGGUGAGCUGCGUACCACCAGUCUUCCUGUUUUGGAGGAGCAGUUGGCCCACUAUAAGAAGCUCCUCAAUGAUGCCGAGAACAAGGGAAGCCUCAUCAACGAUGUUUCCGAACAGGGCAAGAGCAUCCUGCCCACAUUAAGCAAUGCCGAUAAACUGAAACUCAACGAUGACAUCAAGAACAUGAAGGAUCGUUAUGGCAGGAUCAAGAAUACAAUCGAUGACCGCGUGAAUGCCUUGGGCGAUCACAUUAAGAAGUACAAGGAUGCCAAGAGCAGGUUGGCCGAUUGCAGUCAGUUCUUGGGCACUAUUCAGCAGAAACUCCGUGAGCUCAACCGACCAAUUGGCUCUAGGAUCGAAGAUGUGCAGGAUUUGUUGGGCUCCUAUGAGGGAAUACUCAAGGAGCUUAAAGACAGCAAGAGCAAGAUGGGCGAUAUGCAAAUGGACGAUUUGCCAGAGCUGCAGAGCAUUUUGGCCCAACAGGAUGAUAUGAUUAAACUGAUAGAAGAUCAGUUGGCCCAUCUGCGCCAGCUUCUCAUGCUCCGCGAGCAGUUUAUUGCUCUGAUCAAUGAGAUCAUUGCCUUUAUCAUGAAAUACACCGAUGUCAUAAUAGAUAUUGAAAACUCACCUGAUAGUUUGGAGGAUAAGAUCAAUAAGUACGACGAUGUCAUUGUGAAAAUCCAGGAGUGCGAGGGUGUCCUGGCCUCCGCCAAUGACAAGGGCCAGAAGAUCGCCUCCGAAGGGAAUGCGGCCGAUAAGAACAGCAUCACCGAGCAACUGCAAUCCCUGAAGAAUCAACUACAGAAUCUCCGCAAGGCCGUGGAAUCGCAGCGCCAGAAGCACCAACUGCAGCUGGAAUCGCACAAGAAGAUGGCCGCCGAGCUGAGCGAAAUCCUCGAUUGGCUGCACAGCAACGAGGGAGCGGCCAAGUCGCGUCCUCUUUUGGAUCGCGAUCCCGAAUCUGUGGAGCGCGAGCUUCAAAAACACCAGGGUCUCAGCCAGGACAUUCAAUCGUAUCUGAAUAAAUUUAACAAAAUCAAUGAUGGUGUUAAAACUGAAAUUGGCAUGCCAAGUUCCCUGCUGGAAAUGCUCUCCGAGGGCAGAUCCCUGGUGGCCUCCCUGCCCCAUGAACUCGAGGAGCGUGAGAAGUAUCUGAAGAACAACCGCGACUCACGUUUGGAGUACAUGCAGCUGGUGGCCAAGUUCAAUGAUUGGGUCCAUGAAGCCGAGUUGCGUCUGCAGAAUAGCCAGCAUGGCAUUGACUACGAACACUUGGUUCAGGACCUCGAUGAACACAAGAUUUUCUUUGGCAAUGAGGCCCCCAUCCGUAAUCUGGUCCACAAGCAGAUCCAGGAGGCAGCGGACAAGAUCUGGUCCUCGCUGAACAACUACGAACAGUCGGAACUUUCGGCGGAGUUGGCCCAGUUCCAAACCAAGUUGACCAACACACUGGCCAGUGCCAAGACCCAGCAGAGUGAAUUGGAGAAGGAGGCGGAACGCUGGCGGGAGUAUCAACAGUCCAUUGAUCGCGUCAAGGCCACCAUCGAACGCACCAAGUUCAGCGAUGAGCCCGUCCAGAAUUUGGCCGGACUUCACUUUAACAUCCAAAAGCUGACCCACGCCAUCGGAAAUGUUCAGAGCCAGAAUAGCGACUUAGCGCUAGUCAACCAGCAGGCCCAAUCGCUCAUCCGCCAGGCCGACGCCCGCAAUCGCCAGCUGAUCGAGCAGGAUAACGCCGGAUUGAAUAGAUCGUGGCAGGAUCUGGUGCGCAGCUUGGAGCAGCGACGCGACAACCUGCAACAGUUGGCCGAGCACUGGGACGGCUUCGAGAACAGCCUGCACGCCUGGGAAAAGGCACUUGGUCGAUUGGAGGACAAGUUCCGCAAUGUCGAUCCGACUGUAAGAUCCCGACGUCAUUUGGAAGACACGAAGAAUGCCAUUCAGGAAUUACGUGAAGAAUCAAAUCAACUUAAAUCAUCACAUAAAGAAAUCGAGGCGCUCUCUAAAUCCAUCCUCACAUUCCUUGGGGAAGUACACAAACCCUCGGCGGAGGCCAUACAGGCCAAAGUGGAUAAGUUAGUUGAACAGCAGGCCAAAUUGAACGACACACUGCGCGAUAAGGAGCAACAAGUUAGCAAGGAUCUCGAGGAGAUCGAGCAAGUCUUCCGUCGCAUCUCGCAGCUGCAGGAUAAGCUAAACGCCCUUCACGAGCAACUCCAAUCGGUUCACGUCUACGACGAGCAUAUUGCGCAAACGGAACAGCUCCUGAUCACCCUCAAUAGCCAGGUGCAGCAGGCCGCCGAGGAGAGCAGAUCGCUGGUGGCCCAGACAACGGCCCAAUACCAGGCCAAGCAGAAUCAGCUGCCCAGCGACAUUGCCCAGGAGUUCACAGCCCUCGAGCUACUGGCCGAACGUGUCCAGGUGACGAUGGAGACCAAAGAGAAGGAUUUCAAGCGGGCGAAGACCGUGCGCACCGAAUAUGUGGCCGGUGUGGACGAGAUCCAGCGCUGGCUGCUUCAGGCCGAAGUGCAGGUGCAGGAACGAAGCCUCACCCCGACACAGAUGAAGGAGCUGCUGCAGCGCAUCAACCACGAGAUCACCGCCAUCUACGAACGCUUCACCCUGGUCAAGACCAACGGCCAACUGAUCAUCGAGAAUUGUCGCAACAGCGAGGAGAAGACGCUGGUGCAGACAACCAUCGACCAGUUGGCCGCAUCGCUGGCCCAGGUUCGCGGCUGGCUGGACGAGAAGAAGCAGGCGGUGGGCGAUAGCUUGGAUGCGUGGACGAGGUUCAUGAACCUCUACCAGAUCGUGAUGUCGUGGGCUUCGGAGAAGCGCACCUUCAUCGAUCAGACCAUCGAGCUGCGCACUCUGCCCGAGGCACGCAACAAACUGAACGACUAUGUGACGGCUGUGAAGAGUAUUAAACCGAUUGUGAAGCAUCUGAGCGAAAUGGACAAGGAAUUGGAGCACAUUGGCCAGGUGACGACUGUGGGCGAUCUCAAGGACAAACUGCAGGAGGCCGAGGAUGCGAAGAUAUCCGUGGAAGCGGUGCUGCUAGAGAGGAACUCCCUGCUGCAAGAGGCCUGCGAGGAAUGGGACCAAUGCGAACGCAAAAUCAAGGAUAUACGCGCCUGGCACGAAAAGACGAAGCAGAGUUUGGACUCCUCGCAGCAGCAGAAGAAACCGCUGCGCGAUCAGCUCGGCUUCUGUGAGAAGACCCUGGCCGACAUUAAUGUGCAGAAGACGAAACUGAGACUGUCCAUCGAGAAACUGGAGGUUCAUUUCCGCAACGGCAUGGGCGGUGAUCCGCGCCUGAGCGAGAAUGUCGAUGAUCUGGUGCGCGUGCUCGACGGCCUGGGCGAACUGGGCAAGGCCAAAGCCCAGAGCCUCGAGCAGACGCUGGCCCAGAUCGACGUUUACCAGCAGCAGAUGCAGACCCUGCGCCAACGCAUCAUCCAGGAGGAGCAGCAGCUCCGCCUGGUGAUGGCGCCCACGUACUUGCCGCACGAUCGCGAGCGCGCAUUAGCCGAGCAACAGGCAAUGCGAGAAUCAAUCGAUGGCAUGCAGCAAGUCUACGAUGCGACCGCUCGAAAGUCCUAUGCGCUGGAUCCCCAUUCAGUGGUGACCACCUCGUCGACUGUCUCGUUGCUUAUGAAGCCAACAGCGGCAGUGGGUCUGACCUAUGCCGAGGUGUUGUCGGGACAUGCGAGUCCGGUAAGCAGCGGUAAUGAACCGGUAACCAAUCCCCGACCAGAACGAGACCACUCAACAACGACCACAACAACAGCGACCCGGCAGGAACAAACGAACGACACCCAGAACCAGACUACAAUUACAACCAUUACGACCACAACAACGACUUCUAGACGUACGCACGGAGAUGAAGCCCAGAGCCUGGAGCGAUAUGAGUUCAAUGGCGGCGGCAGCACUAUUUCCACAGCGAUAUACGAACGCCAACAACAGCAGUUUACACCAACCAGCGACAAUGCCCCAACCUCAGUUCCUAGCACAACGACCACCAACCCCAACAUUCAGUUCAUCGAAAGCGAGCAACAACACCAUGCGCCAGCGAAACAGGGUAAGAAACAUCAGCCACAGCGACCCGAACGUCGAGGUCGCUCGCCCAGACGUCGACCUCAGCAACAAGCGCAACCAAUCCAACAACAGCAACCUCCCAUCGAGAUUCAAUUCGAGCAGCAGCAACAACAGGAACAACUCUUCUUGCCCAUUGAUGACCGUACCAGAUCUCGGAGCCCCAUGUGGGUGCCAGGUUCCACCUCCUAUGCAGAGGUUCUGCGAGGACUGGAACUGGAGCGGCUCAAGGCUGAGCAGCUGGCCGCCCAGGCGGUUCAAGGCCGCACCGAUCUUACCAUUCAGGAUGUGGUGGAUGCCAGCGCAGUAGUUACAGGCACCAUUUACGUUCCCGAACCUGAACCACAGCCCAUUAAAGAAAGGCAGCAACAGCAGCAGCCACAACUGGAACAAUACAUCAGCAACACCAGCCCUGAUCUUAAUUAUCCUCCCCCGCAGCAACAACAGCAGCUGCCACCGCAACUGCAGCCACCCCAGGAACAGCAACCUAAAUCCCUCAGUAGUUACGAAGUGCCCAUGACAGCUGAAGAGAUUGCUGCCACCUACUUGCAGCCCGAUCCGCAGUUGUAUCAGACAAUGUAUGAAAACGUGGCCGAUAGCGGUCAGUGGGGUUAUGUGCCAGGAUCUACAGUAGGGUCUGCCACAGAACCACAGCAGCAGGAGGCGCAACAGAACUACUACGAGCAGAUUAUGCAGAUGCAGUAUCCCAUACAGUAUCAGCCGAUAGCUGUGCCACCAGCGACCAUGCAAUACUCGCUUAUACCAGGCUACUAUCAGCCGGUGGCUCAACAGGAGACUUACCCCACGGUUUACCCAGCAGAGCCCAAUCAGAUCUAUUAUACCCAGCAAACGGGGGAGUACUCGCAGGAAUACCCACAGCAGCAGCAGCAAACCGAACCUUUGCAGGAAUAUCACCAGGAAACGGUGGAGCAGAGCCUUCUUCGUGAUACAUACAAUACGACGAGCACUCUUACCUCAACAACAGGCAACAGCGUGCUGGAUCGCGUUGUUACCACGUUGGCAUCCAUUGUCCAACAGAGUGCAGAGCCCCUAACCACCAGCACCCAGCAAAUCCAACCGGUGGUAGUCCAGAGCGAGCCGUACUAUAUUGAAGAGCAUGUUCAUAUGCUGCGACCUGUGGAGCCACAAGAGUUUGAGCUGGACGAACCACGACCAGAUAUUACUUUUGGCCAAUUUGAUGUUGAUGCUAUCGAAACCAUUCCAUUGGAUGAGCCUCUAGUUCCUCAAACUCAAGUCGAGCCUCAGCCCGAAGUUCAAUCUCAACCAACUGUUACGACAACCAGCCAUGUAAUUGAGACAACAAUUGUCACCGAACAGACACAGCCAACUGUGAUAAUACGGCAGACUCAGGAAAUUGUCCCAGUCCCAGAUGCCCCAAAACCCACUGAUGUACCAACUACUGUUGUGGUGCAUCCCCAGCCUCAGAGGCGAAGCAAUGAACAAGUCCGGCCCCAGGACAUUAGCACAGGCAGCACUUAUGCCGAAGUCCUCUUCGGUCUCCAGCACAAGGAACAGCCAGUUUUCCAGCCAUCCAGUCAGCAACAAACCCCAGUGCGCCUCACGUCCUCGCCGCCUUUGCAACGCAAGCUGGAGCAGACAACUAUCAAUACUGCUACCUAUACCAAUAAGAACAAUCAGUACGCCAGACAAGUCGAGAAAUCACCAACAUGGGAACGCAAGACCGAAAAUGUUGAAUCGCGAACAUCUCGAACAAAGAGAACAAGACAUGAAACUCAACCAGAACCAUUACCGAUUAAACAGAGUACUAGAAAAGAAGGUAAGACGGGUAAGAAAUCCCAGUCUUCCGAUAGGAAUAAUGUCGCUUUGGUGGAAAGCAAACCAAUAGUUGAUGCGCCAGCACACAGUCCGGAGAUCAAGGAGGAGACUGCUUUCAAACCUGAGCCAAAGCCAAGAAAAUCAAAGAAGCCGAAAAAGUCAACUGAUAGUGAGACCAGCCCAAGUGCUGAGCGAAUAGAUGAGUCAGCUGCCGCUAUUGUAGUGUCAUCUAAAAAGGACAAGAAAACGGCUUGGUCGGUUUUGGAAAAUAAAGAAACUGUGGUCGAGACAACUGUAACGAAACAAAUUGUUGAACCUGUUGUUGAGAUUAUUCAGCCGGUAGAAUCAGUUUCAGCUCCUUCAAGGAAAGAUAAAAAACAAAAACCAGUCAUCGAAAAGGACUCUCCAAGGUCAGAAGAAAAGCUUGUGGAAGUGGCCCCAGUCGCUCCAACCAGAAAGGAUAAGAAACAGGCCAAAACGGUUGUGCAGGAGCCCGUUACCAAGAAAUCAAAUGAGCCAUUGGUUAAAAAUGCAACUGACAAGCAAGCUGUUACUGAAUCAAAAUCGGAGGUUCCUCAAGUUUCAGCUGAUGUUGUAAAACAGGAAAAGAAGCAGGCGAAAAUUGUUGUAGAAAAAGAAAUUGUUAAUACCAAAUUGGUAGAGCCUGUCAUUGAGAAAAAGGUUGACGAGGUAGAACAAGUAAAACCUCUGGCUCCAGCUGCACCUUUAAAGAAGGAGAAGAAGAAGUCCAAGACAGUUAUUGAAAAGGUUGAUCCUGUCAUUGAAAAAGAAAUUGUCCUACCAUCUGUGAUUGAAAUUGUAGAGCCUCAGGCUACUUCUAUUAAUUCCAAAAAGGAAAAGAAACAGUCCGAAACUAUUGUGGAAACUUCAAUUAUUACCCAAAGCGUGGAACCAGUUCCUCAACCAGAAGUUCCUGCACCAGUACCCACGAAGAAGGACAAAAAGCGUUCGAAGAAGGAACCAAAGCAGGAUGAUAUUAAAAUUCUUUCAACAAAUACAACCGAAUCAUCAGAUUUCACCGUUAAAGGCAGUGUAGUGACUGAGAAUAUAGUUUCUGUUCAGAACUUAGUUGAACCAAUUACUGAAAAAACUGAAGAACAAGAAUCAGUAAUUGAACUGGCUAUUCCAAUUGAAAAUGUUUCGUCAGAUCUAGUAAUUAAUGCCCCAGAAAAUCUAACUCAAUCGACAAAGAACGCAACAGCAUCUAUUGAGGUCACCCCCGUCGAUAUUCAGGAGACCAUUAUCGAAGGCGAGCCUACGGUCACUACAUCAACUAAUACAAUCUCAACGGAAAGUGGAACUACAACCAUUACAACGCGAACAAUAACUAAGCACAUUACCAAGCGCAUAGUGAAGCGUAUUGUAGAUGGCAAGGAAGAGAUUGUCGAGGAAGAUGUCAUCGAUGAUUUGCCUGAAGAGAACAUAUCUGUUGAGCAAUAUAACCUUCCAACAAUUGAAACCAGCACAAAUGAGGUACCUAUUGAUGUGACUGGAUUCUCUACAACUCAGGACACAAUCGUGCAACAGGGAUCGAUAACCAAGACUGUUAUUACCAAGACAAAGCGCAUCCUGAAGCGCAUUACCGAAGACGGGGAAGAAGUAAUUGAGGAGGUCUUUGAGGAUGAACCCGAGGUAGAGCGCGAUGUGACUGUGCUGCCUACCACCGUGAUCACUUCAUUAGAAGUCAUUGAGGAUGCGGCCCAAAAUGUGGUUGAAGAAGUCUUAAAACAAGCUGAGGAAAUAACGCAGCAGGAAUUACCAAAAUCGAGCCUGGGCAAAAUUCAAGCAGAGCAGAAACCAGUUGAAGUGGCAAGACCUGUUAAGCCUGAAGUAACCAAUGAGGUUGUGACUAAGAUUACAACUGAGCAGGAGGUAAAGACGCCGCAGAAGCCUUCGAGAAAGGAUAAGAAGAAGCAAAAGAAGUUGGAGAACAAACAAGAAGCUCCUAUUGAGCAGAACGUUUUCGAAAUUGUCGAGCCCCAACCGGAAAUCACAGAGCCCCUGAACUUAACAAGUGCAAUUACCACGGAUAAUAAUACAAAUUUGUCGUCCGAGCAAACCAUUGUCAGCGAUGAUAGCGGCCUCAUUAAAACAACAGUUAUCCGUACAACAAAAAUCGUAAAGAAAAUCAGCAGCAGUCAACAUGAAAGUCAAGAGAUGACCUCUUCGACGCAUUCAGAUGCACCUUCAUCUCUUGGCUCUUACGAUUUGGCAGACGAAGCAAUCGAAUCUCCAAAGAUAGAAAAAUCUGAAACGAAUAGCCGGGAAAUAAGCGAUGAGGGAGUUGUCAAAACAACUAAGACCACAACAACUAAAACCAUCAAAUCUCCCAAGGUGGAAGAAGUCCAAGUGGAACCAUCAUUGGAUGUGUCGUCCGGCUCGGUAAUUGUUUCACCAGUUGUUGAAGAGCCUGAGGAAGGUGGUGUAAUCAAAACAACUAUUGUGCGUACCACAAAGAUCGUCAAAAAGAUUUCUCAGGAGAGCGAAAAUAUCAGCGAGACAAGCAGCGAAGCCGAGAUUUCCCUACCGAUUGUUGAGACAGUCUUGCAAGACGCUCCAAUUGUAGCCGAAUCUGUUACAACUGAAUCAAACAGUGAGGGCAUAACUAAAACCACAACAACGCGAACAACAAAGGCUGUGUCCAAAAUUGUAAGUGAAGAAGAAGUUCUUAACCUUCCGAGCGUUCCUGUGGCCCCUCUUGAAUCGGAGGAUGAAGCUGUUGAGCUGCCAGAGGUCCCGAAUGCCCCCAUUGAUCCGCUGGAUAAGGUUUUGAUAGCGGCAACAACUAUUGAUGUUCCUAAAGUUAAGCAAGUAAAAUCUUCAGUCGUGGACUUUAUUGCUGCAGAGCAGUAUGCGUCGGAACAAUUAACUAAGCCGGAACCAAUUGUUUCCCAGGCUCCAGAUAUCGAGGAAGACCUUAUUCCAGUUGAAGAGUUUACGGUUUCGGAGCCUGAAUCUUCUGGGGUUGGUGAUGUCGUCAAGACUACAAUUGUUCGAACAACUAAAAUUGUCAAGAAGGUAUCCCAAAACACCGAACAAAGUGUUGGUGUAAUCGAUAGUGUUUCCAAUUCGGAACCCAAGGAAUCGGAACCAGAGGAACCUGCUGAGAAGACCAGCGUUGGUGUAACAAAGACAACAACCGUGCGUACUAAGAAGAUCGUAAAGAAACUGAAUGAAGAUGGCGAAACGACCACAGAGGAGACCAGCACCGCCAGUGAACCAGUGACUGUGCGGGAAACUUCACCAACUAUUUCGGAAGAACCGAGCGAAACUUCAACCACAUCUAGUCAAAUCGAUGGUGCAAUUAUCAAGACUACUACGAUUCGGACAAUGCGCAUCACAAAGAGGGUAGCCAAUGACGGUCGAAUUCUGCUCACCGAGAGUGAGUCACCUCGUGAUGUGGUUGUGACGUCAAGCAUUGAGAUGCCCGAUCAGAGACCAGUUAGUCCGGCUGUGACCUCGCGUCCAAGCUCUCCUGCUAGGACGUCUAGUUCCGAACUAGUGUUGGGUUCAAACAUACAGUUAGGAUUAAAGGACAGCCCGACUGGGGUCAAGGUUAUUGGUAUUGAAACAAGCACUGUAGAGUUGCCGAAGUUUGGCGAACAGCAAUAUGCUGAAACCACAACGAAUGGGGCUAUUAGCAAGACGGAUAGUAUUACCACUACUACAACGACUACCAAGAACACGAUACUUACGACUACCCAACGACGAAGCUUCGAAACCGAAGAUGGCACAAAUGUUCUUUUCGUGGGAGAAGGCAUUGACGGUGCAUAUCCACCGGGCACAGUGCAAAAAAUUUCCCUAAUUACUCAUGAAGAGAAACUGAAGACACCUAUCGUGAAAAUGCAUCUUGAUUUUCCGGAGGUUAGUCUUCGGGUGACAGAGACUGUGACUGAAAAUGUGGAGUCCCUGCAAAGAACAGCCGAGACUAUUGAGAAUACCGUGAUUGACGUAGUCGAAUUGUCAAAACCUGAUGUCCCAGAAGCAGUAGAACCCAAAUCAGACCCCACUCCCCAGCUAGUCGCACAACCUACCCAAUCAGAUGAAGUCAUCAUAGCCUUAGAAGCAACCCCGUCAGUUGUCCCCGAGAGUAGCCCUGAAGAAUUAAGCCCUGAAGAGCAAAAGCUUUUCGAGGACAUUCAGAAAAAACUUUCUAAGAAAGAUAAAAAGAAGCGUCCCGCUAUUCCGGAGGAGUUUAUUAGGCAAGAAACGGUGCAGGUCAUUCUAGAGGAAAGCAAAGGUAAUGAAGUUAUUAAUGUCCCUUCUGUAGUUGAAAAACUGACCGAUGUAGUUGAACCCUUAGUUAAACAAGAAUCCAUAGUAGAAGAUGCGCCAAUUCCUAAAGGGGUCUCUAUCCCAACAAAUCAAAAAGUCCACGAAUAUAUUCAGCCAAUUCCUCUUAUGGAAUCCGAGAAAUUGAUUACCAACAUUACUCAAGACACUUCUUUAAUCUCCACUGUCAAGUUGAUCGAGCAAACGAAGUCAGACAUUCUUUAUCACGAGUCUUUAACUAAAGUUGUCCCUGUAACGCCUCAAGAAGAAGUCCCAGUAGAAAUUCCAUGUGAAACUCAGUCAAGUCCUGCUCCUACUAAUAUUGCUAAUCAAAUUGUUCCUGCCCAACCAAGCGCAUUAAUUGCUGAAGCAUUUGUGGCUAACACGGUAAGCACUUUAAAUAUAAUAACUAAUAUUGAAAAAAUGUAUCCCCUUGAUAAAAUAUUUGAAAUUCCCAAAUUUGAUAUUUCAAAACAAAAUAUUGCUGAGGGUAAUUAUCACAUAAUCAAAUCUAAAGCUUGGGAAAUUAAACAAUCAAAUCCUACCCCAAUUGAACCUGAAUCGCAAGCAAAGACGGUAAGCUUUGCCGAUGAAACUGAAACGAAAAUUGAAACUACCGUCACCAACAUGGGUUCAACAACGACACUGGUUACUGACGUACCUCAACAAACCGAAAAUGUUCCUGCUAUUUAUAACUUCGAGGUCCCCAAAUUUGACAUAUUUAUGCUUAAUAAGGCUGAAGCUAGACAGAAAAUAUAUGAAGCCGCAAUUGCUCAAACAGAAACUAAUUCAAAAACAAUUCAAAAUUCUGCAACCGAAGAAAUCAUUUCCACUGAUGUACCAAUUGAAAAAGAGAUUAAACAGGCUGAAGAACCUGAAAAAACUGAAACCUUGCGGAAAUUAGUGCCGCCAUCUGAGGAACCAGUUCAUGAACAACAACCUGACGUCACGAUUGUCGAUGAAGCAGUCAAUUCGGAGACAAUUAAGGAGGAAACUAAGACAGUUACAAGAGUUACCACCACAACAGUUACUACAGAGAUCACAAGCGCAACUUCUACUACCGACGAUCAGGAGGAACCAGUUCCUGAGCCACAAACGAAUGUCACGCUGGUCGAAGAAGUAGAACAGUCUGAGCCAAUUGUUGAAGCUCCGAUCGUGGAUGAAACUAAAACAAUUACAACGGUCACCACAACAACAGUUACUACGGAGUCUGCCAGCGAAAGUGCUAUUCCAGAGGAACCAAAGAAAACUAAUGAAUCGAAAAAGAAACCUGGGGAGCCCACAAAACCAGCUUAUGCCGGUCUUCCCGUGGACGACUCUUCCAGCUCUUGGAUGGAUGUUUUGGAUGAGCCAAUGAACUUCUCUGAUGAUGAAGAAAUUGAAGAAAAGACGCCAUUGGCGCCAUUUAAAAAUGUAGUGGACACUCUUGGAUCCGAUCUAGUGGAAACUAUCGUUGAGACUGAAGUUGUACCAGUUCUUGAGCCACAAACGAAUGUCGAAGUAGUAGAUCAGUCUCAGCCAAUUAUUGAAGCCCCGAUUGUGGAUGAGACCAAAACAAUUACAACAGUUACCACCACAACAGUUACUACUGACUCUACAAGCGAAACUUCUAUUCCGGAGGAACUCAAGAAAACUGUUGAACCGGAAAAGAAACCUGAGGAGCCCAAAAAACCAGCUUAUGCCGGUCUUCCCGUGGACGACUCUUCCAGCUCUUGGAUGGAUGUUUUGGAUGAGCCAAUGAACUUCUCUGAUGAUGAAGAAAUUGAAGAAAAGACACCUUUGGCGCCAUUUAAAAAUGGAGCCGAUCUAGUUAAGGUUGAAACUAUCGUUGAGACUGAAGAUGUAGCAGUUCUUGAGCCACAAACGAAGGUCGAAGUAGUAGAACAGUCUGAACCAAUUGUGGAAGCUCCGAUUGUGGAUGAAACCAAAACAGUUACAACGAUCACCACCACAAUAGUAACUACCGAGUCUACAAGCGAAACUUCUAUUCCGGAGGAACCCAAGGAAACUGUUGAACCGGAAAAGAAACCUGAGCAGCCCAAAAAACCAGCUUAUGCCGGUCUUCCCGUGGACGACUCUUCCAGCUCGUGGAUGGAUGUCUUGGAUGAGUCAAUGAACUUCUCUGAUGAUGAAGAAAUUGAAGAAAAGAUACCUUUGGCACCAUUUAAAAAUGGAUCCGAUCUAGUUAAGGUUGAGACUGUUAAACCUUCUCAAGAGGAAGAAAAGCCAGAAUUAUCAAGUACUUCUUUGUCAACUGUUGAGAACAUCACCGAGCUUGGAACUAAAAAAUUAAUCACUGAGACUGUAAAUACUGAAACUGUGCAGACUCCUCUGGCGCCUUUUGGAGUCAUUCCGGAAUCUCCAGUUACUCCGACUGCAGACGAUGCGCUUAUUAGUGAAGCUCCCAUUGUUGAGGACACCAAAACAAUUAGAACCGUCACCACCACAACAGUUACCACUGAGUCUACGAGCGAAAGUGAUAUUCCCGAGGAACCCAAGGAAACUGUUGAACCGGAAAAGAAACCUGAGGAGCCCAAAAAACCAGCAUAUGCCGGCCUUCCUGUGGACGACUCUUCCAGCUCUUGGAUGGAUGUUUUGGAUGAGCCAAUGAACUUCUCUGAUGAUGAAGAGGAACCAGUUCCUGAGCCAGUUGUAGAACAGUCGGAGCCAAUUGUUGAUGCACCGAUUGUGGAUGAGACCAAAACAAUUACAACAGUUACCACCACAACAGUUACUACUGAGUCUACCAGUGGAACGGCUAUUCCCGAACAGUCCAAGAAAACCAAACUAGUUUCUGAGCCACAAGAGGAAGUAGUAGAUAAAUCUGAGACAAUUGUUGAUGCUCAGAUUGAAGACGGAAUCAAGACAAUUGAAACAGCUAUCACCACAGUUACAACUGAGAUCAUUAGCGAGACUGAGGAACCGAGGGAAACUGAAACUCUUUCUGUUGAUACACAGUCCAUUGGUAAUGUGAUCGAACAAGAAACAUUAUUGGAGAAACCGCUAGAGGGUCCUAUUGAUACCUGGUCCAGUGUCUUGGAGGACACAAUUCCUAAUACCGGAAGCCUUGGCUUCACAUCAACCUUAUCGGCGGAUGCUCCUGAAUUUACUCCAUCUUAUCUAAGACAUACCUUCUCCAACCAAACUCAUACGUUCCUUGCAAAUGAAAGAGUAUACAAUGAAUUUAUUCCAAGGAAUAGGUCAGAACAAACUAUUGUGCCUCAACAAAAGCCCAAAAAGGCAAAACCAUCGAAGCGACAGAACAAGAAGGUAGAAACAAAAGAAGAAGUUCGCGAUGUCCAACCUGUUCAGGAAACAUAUGUUUCGGAACCGAUAGAAAUAACUGAAGAGGUGGAGAAUGUUUGGACCAAGAACAGAGACGGAAAAUCCUAUGCUGACGUGUUACUCAACUCUGGCGUUACUAGCGAUGUUGUCACAGCUGAAGAAAUCCAAUCCAAACCAGCUGUAGUCGACACCAAGCCCCAGGAGCGGAGAAAGAAAACAAAGGCCGAAAAACGCCAGACAGUUGAGCAAGUUCUUGAACUGUCUUCACCAAGCACUGAAAGCGACAAAUCUAAGCCAAAUAGCGAUAGCGAGCAGUCCAAGCAAACGACAGAAAGCGAACUAUCCAAACCAACAACCGAAAGUUCAAAGGAACUGUCUUCUGAUGAGAAGGAUGUUUCGAGCACCUCCGAGCUGACAUGGUCAGCUCUUGUGCGUAGACCUGGCGAAUGGUCAGACACAACCGUAGUCAAGAAAGAAGUCACCCACACGGCUGUCUCAUCUGAGGACAAACCUCGUCGGAAAGAAAAGGAAGAACCCAAGAAACCGACAAAGGCCAAAAAAUCCAAGAAGUCAAAGAAACCAUUUGUUGAACCAGUCUCGACCACAUCUGAAGACGAGCAAGCUGAGCAUGUUGCGCCUGUAAUUGUUGAAGCUAAACCUGUACCAGAAGAGAAGAAACCGGAUCAAGAAAGAAGUGAUAAGGAACAGGGUAGUAGUGCAUUCUCCUGGGCCUCACUUGUUAAAAGGCCUGGCGAAUGGAUUGACAAUACUGUUACGCAUAUUAAGACAGCUGUAGCUUCUUCAACAGACGUCAAAGAACCAAUUAAAAAAGAGCAUGAAAAACCACAGAAGCCCAAAAAGCAGAAGUCGAAGAAAAAGCCAGAGUCAAAACCCACUCCCGUAGCAGAACCGGAAUCUGAAUUAAGCAGUGAACCGACUGAAGAAAUUGCUGUUCUGGACGAGGUGGUCAAUGUAAAACCCAUCGAAAACACAGGAAACGCCUUCUCUUGGGCAUCUCUGGUGAAGAAGCCAGGCGAGUGGGUCGACGACAUAGCUGCCCGUAAAAAGCCAGUUGAGACCCAAAAGGAGGAGCGCAAGGAAGAAGCCCAGCCACGGAAAGAACGCAAAACACAAAAAAUUGAGGCAAGGCCUCAGAUUGAAAACAUCACCAAGCGUAAAAUCAAAGAGGAAGUUCGAGAGCCUAAAAUUAUUCAGUCGACUCCAGAUGAUAGUGAUGUGGUUGAGGUAUUACCAUCUAGAGAUGAAAACACAAUUACGUGGGCUAAAAUCGCUAGUCAAAUUGAUCAUAUGACCGACUUGGCACCAAAGGCUAAAAAGGAGAUAAAGCAGAAACAACCUGAACCCCUUAAACAGCAAGUUAAAGCCGAUCGAUUAGAGAAACAAACAAAGACAAGGUUGCCUGCCGUAUCUCUAGAUGUCAGUAAAGGUCAGAAUGAAAGCGGUCGCUCAUGGUCCUCAACAGUUAGUCAUCAAGUCACUGAUUUUAUUGAAGCUGAAAGAAUUAAACCAGCUCCUAAAACUAAUACGGAAAAACCCAAGCCGAAGGCUGAAACCAAAAUUUCUACAAAGACGGAGGAACUUUCGCGAGACUUAGAAAGCUCACCAGUUUCCGAAAUACCAGAAAAUAAAACUCAGAGGUCGUGGGCUGAAAUGAUUGAUGAUGGCUCGGAGGAUGUGGUUGUUGAACAGAAAUCCUGGAAGGAACUAAUAGAAGACGAAGUAGAGAUUCCACUUCUUCCUGAGAAUGGAGACGAAGUCAACAUUAACAAGAUAAUUGAAAGCAUCCAAGUAAUGAAAUCAAAAACUGAUGAUGAAAAGACACCUUUGGCGCCAUUUAAAAAUGUAGUGGAUACUCUUGAAUACGACCAAGUUAAAGUUGAAACUAUCGUUGAGACUGAAGAUGUACCAGUUAUUGAGCCACAAACGAAGGUCGAAGUAGUGGAACAAUCUGAACCAAUUGUUGAAGCUCCAAUUGUGGAUGAAACCAAAACAAUUACAACGAUUACCACCACAAUAGUAACUACUGAGUCUACCAGUGAAACAUCUGUUCCCGAGGAACCCAAGAAAACUGAUGAACCGGAAAAAAAACCUGAAGAGCCCAAAAAACCAGCAUAUGCCGGUCUUCCCGUGGACGACACUUCCAGCUCGUGGAUGGAUGUUUUGGAUGAGCCAAUGAACUUCUCUGAUGAUGAAGAAAUUGAAGAAAAUACACCUUUGGCGCCAUUUAAAAAUGAAGUGGAUAAUAUUGGAUCUGAUCUAGUUAAGGUGGAAACUAUCGUUAAGACUGAAGAUGUAGAACUUCUUGAGCCACAAACGAAGGUCGAAGUAGUAGAAAAGUCUGAACCAAUUGUUGAAGCUCCGAUUGUGGAUGAAACCAAAACCAUUACAACAGUUACCUCCACAACAGUUUAUACUGAGUCUACGAGCGGAACUACUAUUCCGGAGGAACCAGUUCCUGAGCCACAAACUAAUAUCACGCUGGUCGAAGUAGUAGAACAGUCUGAGCCAAUUGUUGAAACUUCCAUUGUGAAUGACACCAAAACAAUUACAACGGUCACCACCACAACAGUAACUACUGAAACCAGUGAAACACCUAUUCCCGAGAAACCCAAGGAAACUGUUGAACCGGAAAAGAAACCUGAGGAGCCCAAAAAACCAGCAUAUGCCGGUCUUCCUGUGGACGACUCCUCCAGCUCGUGGAUGGAUGUUUUGGAUGAGCCAAUGAACUUCUCUGAUGAUGAAGAAAUUGAAGAAAAGACACCUUUGGCGCCAUUUAAAAAUAUAUCCGAUCUAGUUAAGGUUGAAACUGUCGUUGAGACUGAAGAUGUAGCAGUUCUUGAGCCACAAACGAAGGUCGAAGUUGUAGAACAGUCUGAACCAAUUGUUGAAGCUCCGACUGUGGAUGAAACCAAAUCAGUUACAACGAUCACCACCACAACAGUAACUACUGAGUCUACAAGCGAAACUUCUAUUCCGGAGGAACCCAAGAAAAUUGUUGAACCGGAAAAGAAACCUGAGGAGCCCAAAAAACCAGCAUAUGCUGGUCUUCCCGUGGACGACUCUUCCAGCUCGUGGAUGGAUGUGUUGGAUGAACCAAUGAACUUCUCUGAUGAGGAAGAGGAACCAGUUCCUGAGCCACAAGUAAAUGUCACGGAGGUCGUAGUAGUAGAACAGUCUGAGCCAAUUGUUGAAGCUCCGACUGUGGAUGAAACCAAAUCAGUUACAACGAUCACCACCACAACAGUAACUACUGAGUCUACAAGCGAUACUUCUAUUCCGGAGGAACCCAAGAAAACUGUUGAAUUGGAAAAGAAACCUGAGGAGCCCAAAAAACCAGCAUAUGCUGGUCUUCCCGUGGACGACUCUUCCAGCUCGUGGAUGGAUGUUUUGGAUGAGCCAAUGAACUUCUCUGAUGAUGAAGAAAUUGAAGAAAAGACACAUUUGGCGCCAUUUAAAAAUAUAUCCGAUCUAGUUAAGGUUGAAACUGUCGUUGAGACUGAAGAUGUAGCAGUUCUUGAGCCACAAACGAAGGUCGAAGUAGUAGAACAGUCUGAACCAAUUGUUGAAGCUCCGACUGUGGAUGAAACCAAAUCAGUUACAACGAUCACCACCACAACUGUAACUACUGAGUCUACAAGCGAAACUUCUAUUCCGGAUGAACCCAAGAAAACUGUUGAACCGGAAAAGAAACCUGAGGAGCCCAAAAAACCAGCAUAUGCUGGUCUUCCCGUGGACGACUCUUCCAGCUCGUGGAUGGAUGUGUUGGAUGAACCAAUGAACUUCUCUGAUGAGGAAGAGGAACCAGUUCCUGAGCCACAAGUAAAUGUCACGCAGGUCAUAGUAGUAGAACAGUCUGAACCAAUUGUUGAAGCUCCGAUUGUGGAUGAGACCAAAACAAUUACAACGGUUACCACCACAACAGUUACUACUGAGUCUACGAGCGAAAGCGCUAUUCCUGAGGAACCAGUUCCUGAGCCACAAACAAAUGUCACGCAAGUCGAAGUAGUUGAACAGUCUGAGCCAAUUGUUAAUGACACCAAAACAAUUACAACGGUCACCACCACAACAGUAACAACUGAGUCUACCAGCGAAAGUGCUAUUACGGAGGAACCUAAGAAAACUGUUGAACCGGAAAAGAAACCUGAGGAGCCCAAAAAACCAGCAUAUGCCGGUCUUCCUGUGGACGAUUCCUCCAGCUCGUGGAUGGAUGUUUUGGAUGAGCCAAUGAACUUCUCUGAUGAUGAAGAAAGUGAAGAAAAGACACCUUUGGCGCCAUUUAAAAAUGUAGUGGAUACUAUUGGAUCCGAUUUAGUUAAGUUGCAAGCGAUCGUUCAGAUUGAAGAUGUAUCAGUUCUAGAGCCACAAACGAAGGUCGAAGUAGUAGAACAGUCUGAACCAAUUAUUGAAGCUCCGAUUUUGGAAGAGACCAAUACAAUUGUGGAUGAGACCAAAACAAUUACAACGGUUACCACCACAACGGUUACUACAGAGUCUACCAGCGAAACUGCUAUUCGGGAGGAAGCCGAUGAAUCGGAAAAGAAACCUGACGAGCCCAAGAAAUCAGCAAAUGUCGGUCUGGCCGUGUUGGAUGUUUUGGAUGAACCAAAGACUUUCCCAGAUAAUGAGAGGGAACCGGUACCGAAGUCUGUGCCAACUAAUAAAGUUCCGACUGUGCUGGAAGCAAAGGCAAUUACUACCGUUAAACCUAGUAAAACCAAAGAGCUUGAGAAACCCGAAGAAAAUCCUGUGGAGGCCAAGGCAAUACCUUUAAAAUCAGCACCCUCCAAUGUGUGGGAACUGCAUUCAUCAUACGCUGAUGUUCUAAGGCACACUGUGGACUUUAUUAGCUUGGAAAAGAAGAAUGUAGAAAUCCCAAAUGAACCCAAACCUGAUAAAGGCAAUUCAACAAGAGAACCUGCUACAAUUGAAGUCCCAAAGAAGGCAAAAACCAAGAAAGAAAAAUCGUCGAAGAAGCCUAAAGAAAUAGAAAAUAUAGCUGCUGAGACCAAAGUGAUACCGGUCGUAGAAGAAUCACCAACGGCCGAAAUAACAUCUUCUUGGUCAGCUAUUGUUGAUGAGGAUUUAAGUGAUAACGUUGAAGCGAAUCUGCCCAGUAUCGGUAAUGCUUUGUGGUCUUCAGUUGUGCGGCAAGGUGUCCAUGAUAAUACAGCUUUAGAAAUAACCUCAAAACAACCACAACAACAACUCAAAAAAGAAAUAUUUACUGAAACUACACCUGAAAAACCAGAGACUCAACUGAAGUCUACAGGCGUUCAAGACUUCAUCGUUCAAGAACAAAUCUUCUCAACUGCGGUAAAUGGAAAACAUAAAAAACAAAAGUCAAGGAAAAAUAAGAAAACUUCCAAUGCGGAACCUAUAACAGAACCCGAUUUGGAAGUGACUCCAGUUCAAGAACUCGUUGCAGUUUCCACAGUUCUUGAGGAAGUUACUCCUGAGCUACAACCGGAGCUUUAUCCAGUCACUGCAGCCCCGUUACAACCUCUGUCCUGGUCGUCAAUAGUUUCUCAAACAACCGAAGUCACUAAAACUAUCACCGAUACUCGCCUCGCCGAUGAACCUGAUUUGCAGAAACCUUCAGAACUCAAGCCCAAAAAGCAAAAGGUAAAGAAGGAAAAGCAACCAAAGGCGGAACUUGUUCAAGAGCGCGUUGAUGUAACUGCAGUUCCUGAACCUACAGUUGAGAAGGUCAUAGUGGAAGAACCUGCUGUUGAGGUAAUAACUGUUGAUGAAGUAACUCCUGCGCCACAACCGAAACCCACUCCAGCUACUGAAGGCGCCCCAUUACAACCUCUGUCCUGGUCGUCAAUAGUAACUCAAACAACAGAAGUCAGUACAAAUAUCUCCGAGACUCGCAUCACCGAAGAACCUGGACAUAAGAAACCUACCGAUGAAAAGCCUAAACAACAAAAGUCAAGGAAGGAUAAGAAACCUAAGGAGGACCCGGUUCAAGAGUGCGUUGUUGUGACUGCAGUUCCUGAACCUGUAACCACAGUUGAAGAGCCUGCUGUUGAGGUAACAACUGUCGCUAAAGUUACUCCCGAGCCACAACCAGAACACACUCCAGUCACUGCAGACGCCCCAUUACAACCUCUGUCCUGGUCGUCAAUAGUUUCUCAAACAACGGAAGUCGAAACAAAUAUCACCGAAGCUCGCAUCACCGACGAGUCUGAAGAUCAGAAACCUACUGACGAAAAGCCUAAUAAGCAAAAGGCAAAGAAAGGGAAGAAAUCUAAGGUGGAUCCUGUUCAAAAGCCCGUUAUUAAAUCUGAAAUUCCUGAACCUGUUGUUGAACCCAUUGUUGAAGUGACCAUAGUUGAUCAACCUGUUGUUGAGGUGACCACUUUCGUCGAAGUAACUCCUGAGCAGAAACCUAGUCCAUCUUCUGAAGACGCCCCAGUAAAACCUCUGUCCUGGUCGUCAAUAGUUUCUCAUGAUUCAGAAGUCACUACACACCUCACCCAGACUCAUAUAGCCGAUGAUCAGAAACCUAUAGUGGAAAAGCCUAAAAAGCAAAAGGCAAAGAAGGAAAAGAAACCUAAGGAGGAUGAAGUGACUGCAAUUCCUGAACCUGUAGUCGAAGUGACCAUUGCGGAGCCCGCUGUUGAAGUAACCACUGUCACCGAAGUUACUCCCGAACCCACUUCAGUAACUGAAGACACCCCAUUGCAACCUCUGUCCUGGUCGUCAAUAGUUUCUAAAAAAACAGAUGUAACUUCAAAAAUCACCGAUGAACCUGAUCUCCAGAGACCAACAGAAGUCAAUCUUAAAAAGCAAAAGGCGAAGAAGGAAAAGAAACCUAAGGAGGAUCCUGUUCAAGAGAGCGUUCCUGAGAUUGCAAUUCCUGUACUUGAUACCGCUCUCGUCGAAGCAACUCCUGAGCCACAAUCGGCACUCACUCCAGCUACUGAGGGAACCCCAUUACAAACUCUGUCCUGGUCGUCAAUAGUUUCUCAAACUACGGAACUCAUUUCAACCGUUACCGAUACUCAUAUCGCCAGUGAACCUGGAUAUAAGGAACUCACAGAUGAAAAGCCUAAAAAGCAAAAGUCAAAGAAGGAAAAGAAACCCAAGGUGGACCCUGUUCAAGAACUCGUUGUUGAGACUGCAAUUCCUGAGCCUGUAGUUGAAAGGACCUCAAUUGAAGAACCUGCUGUCCAGGAGUCCACUGUCGUCGAAUUGGCCCCUGAGCCACAGCCGGAAGCUAUUGCAUUAUCUGAAGAAGCCCCAACACAGCCUCUGUCCUGGUCGUCUAUUGUUUCUCAAACAACGGAAGUCACUACAAAUAUCACCGAUACUCACAUCACCAAUGAACCGGAACAUCAGAAACCUACGGAAGUAAAGCCGAAAAAGCAAAAGACAAAGAAGGAAAAGAAACCCAAGGUUGACCCUGUUGAAGAUCCCGUUGUUGAGACUGCAAUUCUUGAACCUGUGGGUGAAACAAUCACAGUUGAAGAACCUGAUGUCGAGGUGACCACUGUUGUCGAAGUUACUCCUAAGAAACAGCCGGAAACUCCUGCAUUAUCUGAAGUAGCCCCAUCACAGUCUCUGUCCUGGUCAUCUAUUGUUUCUCAAACAACGGAAGUCACUACAAAAAUCACAGAUACCCACAUCGCCCAUGAACCCGAACAUCAGAAACCUACAGAAGUAAAGCUGAAAAAGCAAAAGACAAAGAAGGAAAAGAAACCCAAGGUUGACACUGUUCAAGAGCCCGUUGUUGAGACUGCAAUUCUUGAACCUGUGGUUGAAACAAUUGUAGCUGAAGAACCUGCUGUUGAGGUGACCACUGUUGUCGAAGUUACUCCUGAGCCACAACCGGAACCCACUCCAGUUUCCGAAGUAGCCCCACUACAACCUUUGUCUUGGUCGUCAAUAGUUUCUCAAACAACAGAAGUCACUACAAAUGUCACCGAGAUUCAAAACGAAAAUGACUCCGCAGUUCAGAAGCUUACAGAAGUCAAGCCUAAAAAGCAAAAGACAAAGAAGGAAAGGAAACCUAAGGAGGACCUCGUUCAAGAGUCUGUUGAUGAGAUUGCAAUUCCUGAACCUGUAGUUGAAAAGCCCAUACUUAAAGAACCUGCUGUCGAGGUAACCACUGUCGUCGAAGUGGCCCCUGAGCCACAACCGGAACCCAUUGCAUUAUCUGAGGUAGAACAAUCACAGUCUCUGUCCUGGUCGUCUAUUGUUUCUCAAACAAAGGAAGUCACCGAGACCCGCAUCGCCAAUGAUUAUAAGGAUCACACACCUACCGACGAAAAGCCGAAAAAGCAAAAGGUAAAGAAGGAAAAGAUAUUUAAGGAGGACCCUGUUCAAGAUGUGGUUGUCACUGCAAUUCCUGAACCAGCAGUUGAUGUAAGCAUAGUUGAAGAACCUGCUGUUGAGGUAAUCACUAUUAUCGAAGUUACUCCUGAGCCACAACCGGAACCCACUCCAGUUGCUGAAGUAGAUCCAUUACAACCUCUGUCCUGGUCGUCAAUAGUUUCUCAAGCAACCGAAGUCACUUCAAAUAUCAACGAACCCAAUGAGCAGAAACCUACAGAAAAACAGCCCAAAAAGCAAAAGCCGAAGAAGGAAAAUAAAUCCAAGGUGGUUCUUGUUCAAGACACUAUAGUUGAGUGUGCUAUUCCUGAACCUGUUGUUGAACCCAUUGUUGAAUUGACCGUUGAUGAACCUGUUGUAGAGGUGACCAAUGUCGUUGUAGUAACUCCUGAGCCACAACCGGAACCUACUCCAGCUACUGAAGGAACUCCAUUACAGCCUCUGUCCUGGUCGUCAAUGGUUUCCCAAACUGAAGAAGUCACGACAACCGUUACUGAGACUCUUAUCGCCGAUGAUCACAAACCUACAGAGGAAAAGCCUAAAAAGCAAAAGGCAAAGAAGGAAAAGAAACCUAAGGAGGAACAUGUUCAAGUGCGCGAUGUUGUGACUGCAAUUCCAGAACCUGUUGUUGCAGUGACUAUACCUGAAGAACACGCUGUUGAGGUAACCACUGUCGGCGAAGUUACUCCCGAGCCACAACCGGAACCCACUUCAUUUACUGAAGACGCGUCAUUACAACCUCUGUCCUGGUCGUCAAUAGUUUCUCAAGCAACGGAAGUCAGUACAAAUAUCACCGAGACUUGCAUCACCGAUGAACCUGAAGAUCAGAAGCCUACAGAAGAGAAGCCUAAAAAGCAAAAGGCGAAGAAGGAAAAUAAAUCCAAGGUGGUUCCUGUUCAAGAGCCUGUAGUUGAGUGUGCUCUUCCUGAACCUGUUGUUGAACCCAUUGUUGAAUUGACCGUUGUUGAUGAACCUGUUGUUGAGAUAACUACUGAUGUUGAAGUAACUCCUGAGCCGGAACCCAGUCCAUCUACUGAAGGCUCCCCAGUGUAUCCUCUGUCCUGGUCUUCAAUAGUUUCUCAAACUUCGGAAGUCACUUCAACCAUCACCGAGACUCAUAUUGGUGAUGAUCAAAAGCCUACAGUAGAAAAACCUAAAAAGCAAAAGGCAAAGAAGGAAAAGAAACCUAAGGAGGAGCCUGUUCAAGAGCAUGAUGUGGUGCCUGCGAUUCCUGAACCAGUAGUUGAAGUGACCAUUGUUGAAGAACCCGCUGUUGAAGUAACCACUGUCGUCGAAGUUACUCCCGAGCCACAACCGGAACCCACUUCGGUUACUGAGGCCGCCCCAUUGCAACCUCUGUCCUGGUCGUCAAUAGUUUCGCAGACAACAGAAGUCAGUACAAUUACCACCGAGACUAGCAUCACCGAUGAACCUGAAGAUCUGAAAUCUGCAGAAGAAAAGCCCAAAAAGCAAAAGGCGAAGAAGGAAAAUAAAUCCGAGGUGGUUCCUGUUCAAGAGCCCGUAGUUGAGUGUGCUGUCCCUGAACCUGUUGUUGAACCCAUUGUUGAAUUUACCGUUGAUGAUGAACCUGUUGUUGAGAUUACCACUGUCGUUGAAGUAUCUCCUCAGCCAGAACCCAGUCCAUCACAACCUCUGUCCUGGUCGUCAAUAGUUUCUCAAACUGCAGAAGUCACUACAUCCGAAACCGAGACUAAUUACGCCGAUAAACAAAAACCUACAGAGGAAAAGCCUAAAAAGCCAAAGGCAAAGAAGGAAAAGAAACCCAAGGUUGAGCCUGUUCAAGAGCCCGUUGUUGAGAGUGCAAUUCCUGAACCUGUGGUUGAAACAAUCAUAGUUGAAGAACCUGAAAUCGAGGUGACCACUGUAGUCGCAGUUGCUCCUAAGAAACAGCCGGAAACUACUGCAUUUUCUGAAGUAGCCCCAUCACAGUCUCUGUCCUGGUCGUCUAUUGUUUCUCAAACAACGGAAGUCACUACAAAUAUCACCGAUACUCACAUCACCAAUGAACCGGAACAUCAGAAACCUACAGAAGAAAAGCCGAAAAAGCAAAAGACAAAGAAGGAAAAGAAAGCCAAGGUUGUCCCUGUUCAAGAGCCCGUUGUUGAGACUGCAAUUCCUGAACCUGUAGUUGAAACAAUUAUAGUUGAAGAACCUGCUGUUGAGGUGACCACUGUUGUCGAAGUUACUCCUGAACCACAACCGGAACCCACUCCAGUUCCUGAAGUAGCUCCAUUACAACCUUUGUCCUGGUCGUCAAUAGUUUCUCAAACAACGGAAGUCACUACAAAUGUUAGCGAGGAUCGAAGCGCUGAUGAAAAGGAAAAGCAAAAGACAAUUAAGAUUGUUGAAGAUUCUCCUGCACCAAAAACAUCUGAAAUUCAAAUCCAGCCAAAUGUCACUCAAGACUUCAUAUUCCAUGAACAGAAAAUAGUGUCCACAACGGAAGAUAAAACUAAAAAACCAAAGCCAAAGAAGGAAAGGGAUUCCCUUAAGGUUGAGACUAUUCAGAAAACACCAGUAGAUGCAUUUGAAUCUGUAGAAAUAAAAGAACAGCCCGAAUUUGUUCCAUCACAGACUUUGUCUUGGUCAUCAAUAGUCUCCAAAGAAAUAAACGAACCAGAAAAGGUAACUGAAACGUUACCAAAUCCUUCGAAAUCUCAGGAUAUUCAUGACUUUAUUGCACAGGAACAAAAUUUCUCAACCGUUGUAAACGACAAAACCAAGAAACAGAAGCCCAGGAAGGAGAAGAAAACUGUGCAACCUAUUCAACAGCCUAUAUCAGAAGUCGUUUCUGUGACUAAAGAUUACACACGAGAAAGAGAAGUCGAACCUGAGCCGUUGCCAACUCAAACAUUGUCAUGGUCUUCUAUUGUUUCGCAUAAUAUUGAUUUAACUCCGUUUACGGAAACACGUGUCAUUGAAACAACCGAAGUGAUACCAAGUCCUCAGGAUGUUCAGGACUUCGUUCCCGUAGAUCGGGAGCUGGCAAUUAACGUUGAAGAAAGUCUAAAACUAAAACCGAAAAAAGAGAAAAAAAUGCCUAAGACUUCUUCUGAAAAACGAAUUAUUGAAACCACCGUUGUUUUAGAGAAGGAACCAGAGGAGGAUCGCAUUUCUGGAUCUUUAUCGCCCGAAUUCAAUAUUCAAUUGCCAGCACUGACAAAACCAUCUGUAUGGUCAUCAUCAGAGACCUAUGCCGAAGUAGUUAAGAAGUCUGGAUACUCCAAUAGUACAAACAUAAAGUAUCAGAAUCUUGAAUCGGACAAACAAAAAGUAAUUGCUCAUAGACCGCCGGUUGCCGAAGUGCAAACACAGGAAGUGCUUUUGGAGUUCCCCGAUCCCAUCAUUCCCCCAAUUGAAGAAGCGGAAACAAGCGACUAUCCGGAGAAACCAUCGCAAUUGUCCUGGAAGGAUUUAAUAGAUGAAGAUGAAUUAGAUCCUCCAGAGUCUUGGUAUCAGGAGGAAACAAUUGCCGUUGAAACUAAAUCCCAGGAAACAGUACCAGAAAGACAUUCGCGAAACAGAGAUAAACCAGUGAUCCAGAUUACCGAAGUAUUUACUGAAACCCAACAGCAGCCUGAGAUUGAUCAAGGAUUCCUCGAAAUUACUUCGAAGAAAAGAAAUCGCUCACGCUCCCGCUCACAACAAUCGCAGAUUUCGAACGUUGACGAAAAACCACAUAAGAAGAAGUCAAAGAAACCAAAGGAUAAGACGCAUACAACGCCAAUUCAAAAACCAGUAGAACCUGCCCAGGUUGUUAGUCCGCCUAAGGAAAUUGAGCAAUUCGAGGAAGAACGCAGUGCUCCAGUACCAGUUCGGGAACCGUCUCCAUCUCCUGCUCCUUCCCCUUACACCUCGGGUAUGUCAUGGGCUGCAAUAGCCGCACAUAAUGUACCAGAACCUGCUCAGAGAAUCAGACCCCUUGAAGCUGAGACCAAAACAACUGUUGUUGAAGACGUAAAGAAAUCAAUAAAAGAGCACACAGUAAGCAUUCCAAUUCAUUUGCAAACAACGGAGCCGAAGACUAAAAAACCAAAGCAAAAGUCGAAGCGUAAAUCACCAACUGAUGUGGUUGAUUUCAUAAAUGCGGAGAGAGUAAUUGCUCCCCAGCCUGUCCAAAAGGAGAAAAAAACCGUCGAUUUCAUCGAAGUCGAAAGCAAUCAGAAAACUCCUUUGGCUCCAUUUACUGAGCUUCCCCAAGAAACCAAAUUGGAUAAGAAGUCUGUAACACCACCGAAGGACGUCACUGUUACUUUAACUUCAACAGAAUUAAAAACACCUCUUGCUCCUUUUGCAAUAAUUGGCGAGACAAUUGACGAAUCCAAGUUAAUCGUAGACGCAACAGUAACCGAAAUUGAAACAGAAAAGGACGCGCUAGUCGCAGAAGAUGAAACCAAAACAAUUACUACGGUCACCACCACAACAGUUACCACUGAGACUACGAGCGAAAGUGCUAUUCCGGAGGAACCAGUUCCUGAGCCACAAACAAGUAUCACGCAAGUCGAAGUAGUUGAACAGUCUGAGCCAAUUGUGAAUGACACCAAAACAAUUACUACGGUCACCACCACAACAGUUACCACUGAGUCUACGAGCGAAAGUGCUAUUCCGGAGGAACCAGUUCCUGAGCCACAAACAAACGUCACGCAAGUCGAAGUAGUUGAACAGUCUGAGCCAAUUGUGAAUGACACCAAAACAAUUACUACGGUCACCACCACAACAGUUACAACUGAGUCUACCAGCGAAAGUGCUAUUCCGGAGGAACCCACGAAAAUUGUUGAACCGGAAAAGAAACCUGAGGAGGCCAAAAAACCAGCUUAUGCCGGUCUUCCCGUGGACGACUCUUCCAGCUCUUGGAUGGAUGUUUUGGAUGAGCCAAUGAACUUCUCUGAUGAUGAAGAAAUUGAAGAAAAGACACCUUUGGCGCCAUUUAAAAAUGGAUCCGAUCUAGUUAAAGUUGAAACUGUCGUUGAGACUGAAGAUGUAGCAGUUCUUGAGCCAAAAACGAAGGUCGAAGUAGUAGAACAGUCUGAUGCUUCGAUUGUGGAUGAAACCAAAACAGUAACAACGAUCACCACCACAACAGUAACUACUGAGUCUACAAGCGAAACUUCUAUUCCGGAGGAACCCAAGAAAACUGUUGAACCGGAACAGAAGCCUGAGGAGCCCAAAAAACCAGCAUAUGCCGGUCUGCCCGUGGACGACUCCUCCAGCUCGUGGAUGGAUGUUUUGGAUGAACCAAUGAACUUUUCUGAUGAGGAAGAGGAACCAGUUCCUGAGCCACAAGCAAAUGUCACGCUGGUCGAAGUGGUAGAACAGUCUGAACCAAUUGUUGAAGCUCCGAUUGUGGAUGAGACCAAAACAAUUACAACAGUUACUACUACAACAGUUACUACAGAGUCUACAAGCGAAACUUCAAUUCCUGAGGAACCCAAGAAAAUUGUUGAACCGGAAAAGCAACCUGAGGAGCCCAAAAAACCAGCAUAUGCUGGUCUUCCUGUGGACGACUCCUCCAGCUCGUGGAUGGAUGUUUUGGAUGAGCCAAUGAACUUCUCUGAUGAUGAAGAAAUUGAAGAAAGGACACCUUUGGCGCCAUUUAAAAAUGGAUCCGAUCUAGUUAAGGUUGAAACUGUCGUUGAGACUGUUAAACCUUCUCAAGAGGAAGACAAGCCAACAUUAUCAAGUACUUCUUUGUCGUCUGUUGAAAACAUCACCGAGCCGGAAACUAAAAAAGUAAUUACUGAGACUGUAAACACUGAAACUGUGCAGACUCCUUUGGCGCCUUUUGGAGUGAUUCCAGACUCUCCAGUUACUCCGAGUGCCGACGAUGCAUUUAUUUGUGAAACGUCCUACUGGUCGGCGACACUGAAACCAGGUCAAAAAUCAACAACAAUAACAACAGUUGAGACAACCGAGACGAAAACAGAUGAAAGCCAACCCAUUACAGUUACGAUUUCAAGCGAUGAAGUUAUUGAAGAAGUUGCCGUAAAAUCACCCACUGAUCAGCCAACAACUUGGUCAGCAAUUGUUCAGACCGAGACGACUGUAUUCCCAGCACCAGAAGAAAAAGAAUUGGAUGAGCAGACACCUGAUUGGUCUACUGUUGUUGUAAGCAAAACUACCGACUUCCAGGAGCCAAAGCAGCUAGAUAAUGUGGUAGAAACAGAGAACGUAACAACAACGAGCACAACUUAUGUUACAACAACAGUGACCACACAUAAGGAUGUUUCCAUCGUGGAGGACGACUCCGCAGCUACAUCCUAUGUGUCCACUGUGGUAACCAGUCAUAAGAAUGACUUGGCUUUGGAAGCAGAACCAGUUGAACCCAAAAUUAUUGAACUUACUAGGCCCGAACAACUCUACGAAAAUCUAUAUCGCGAAGGAUUCAAAUUGCAUCCCCAAUACGACUUGUUGCAGGGACAAUAUCAACAAUUACAGGUGGUAAGCAAACCGAACCCGGUUUUAAUUGAACCCGAGAAUGAAAUCGCCUUAAUAGAUGAUUAUGUGAUAAUUGAACCCGAAGCGAUACCCCAGUUAAAUUCCGAAAUACUUGCUUUCAAUCUCAAUCUCGACCAGCACAAUGUGUUGCCAAAGUCUCGUAUAGAUGUUGACACCAUUGCCCAGUUGCUCCCAAUCGAAAAGCCAGUUGAGGUUAUUGUAGAAUCCGAACCUGUAGUGAAGGAAACCCAGAUUGUAGAAAUUCUUGAGGACAAAUCAAUUGUAGAAUCUUCUAUUAAGCCUGUAGACGAUGAACUCCUUGUCCCUGAACCAACUCAACUCCCGACCAAUCCCAGUGAACUGCUCUGGCACCUCAGUCAAGACGAUUUCGUCAGACUCAUCAAUCACUAUACGAGAACGGCAGGCGAUCCUUUCGCAUUGCUGCCAAGGACAACCACAGACAAGACAAAAGCUCAGGUAACUCAAGACGAUAAGCAAAAGACUGACAGCAUUGCAGAAACUGUAGUGACAACCACGACCACGAUUACGGAUCGCGUUGUAGAAAAGACUGAACCAGAAGCAUCGUCACUACCAAUCAUUCCUACCGCCCAACCACUGGUUGCAUCACCGGUUAGCAACCUCGAUCAGUUGCGUCUGAAUCUGUCUCUGGACGACUGGCAGCCGGCCGGUGUCGAUGCAGAUUUGGCUGACAAUCUGUUUGAUAGACUGAAACGUGAUGAUGCUGCCAGUAGCGAAGCGGAACUCGACCAAGACAAGAAACAAAAGCAACCAGACGGUGCUGCUGAAAAACCAGACACAGACGUUCAUGACGGUGACGAUGAUGACGAUGACGAUGAUGACGACGACGACGAUGAUGACGACGAUGACGAUGGGGGUAAACCGACUGUGCCUGAAAUUCGCAAGCCUAAAGAUGACGACGAUAAACCGAACGAUGGGGAUCCUGGUAGCGGUAGUAGUGGUAAUGUGACCCCAACACCCGAACACGAUGCUCAGUAUGGUCAGAACCGUAGCUGCUCAUCGGAGUAUAGGUCCGCCGAUCUGCCGGGUGGAGUGGGUCAUUGGCGAGAUGACAGUACUUAUCUAGCUCUAGAAGCCGAGCAGCCUCAGGUGAAAGUAGGAGAUGAACCAUCAGCACCAAUUGUAACGGGUGUUGAAUCUGUACUAACCGAAACUAAAGAAACUAAAACCACAAGCCCCGCCCCGGCCCCCGCCCCUGUCUCCGACCCUGAAACAAGUCCCAGUACCAGUCCCCCUAACGUUGCAAACGCACUAAUCCAAUUGGCAAGCGCCACAACUCACACGCUGACCGCCAAGGCGAACGCAGCAGCAACAGCAACACAUGCAGCAGCGCUGGUGGCAACCAGCGCUCUAUUGCCGGUUGCAACGGCCGUUGUCGAUAAGUUGACGGCAACAACACCAGCGGAGACAUCAUCAGUAAAACCAGCGACAACAGCAGAAGUUCCUGCCGUAGAGCCUGUGGUGGUUGCCCAUGCAACACCAGCAGCAACAGCAGAAACAACACCAGCAACACACACCGAAACGACAACAGCAACAAGCAGCAGGAAAGAGGAGGUGGAAUUGCCCACCGAAAAUGCGGGUGUGACAAAGCGCACCACAACAACAACGACAACCGUAACGACAACAACCACAUUCGAAACGCCAUCGACAACUAGCACCACAACGACAACAACAACCACAAGCAGCAAUGAUCUGCAACAGCAACGCCAGAAGGAACUAAUUACGCAAGAACUCGACGAACUGCUACAAUCGCUCUCGAGCGUCGAGGAUGGCAUCGCGAACAUGAACCAGAGCAGCCUGGAGGGCAUGCUACAGGGAUUGAAGCUAAUCCAGAGCAAUCUCGAAGUACACGAAAGGGACGCCAUCGAGUUGAAGGCCCAGGCCAAGACGCUGCCCACGGAUCCUGCCACCGAACGUUUGCUCAACGACACCGUGGAUCGCAUUGACUUGCUACUGCGUCGCACUCAGCAAGGCAUCACCAUGAUAGCGAAUGCUAUGCAUGGCCAGAAGAAGCGCCAGCAGGAGAUUGACGAGUACCAGCAGCAUCUGCUGGAACUGGAGCGCUGGAUCAUCGAGGUAUCCGCCGAGCUGGCCUCCUUUGAACCCACUUCGGAUAGCAGCACGGAUGAGCAAGUGCUCAAGUCGCAGGUGGAGAGGAGCCAGCAACUGCUGCGUACUCUUAAAGAACGCCAGCAGUCCAUGGAGGAUCUGGUGGAUCAGACCCGUCAGCUGCAAUCCCAGCCCGAUGUGGCUCCCCUGGCUGACACCCUUAUGGAGCAGCUGCAGAGCAUCAUAACCAUUCUGCGGGAACAGGUCACUGUGGCCACUAAGCGCAUCUUCACCAUUGAGAAGCGCAUCGUGGAUUUGCGGAAGGCCAAGAGCGAGGAAGUGCAGCGCCAGCGAGUGCUUGCCGAUUCCCUCAUCAAGCCACCAACGGAAGUUCCAGCCAGUCCAGAGGCGCAUGAAUCCAUCGAGUCCAACGAGAACACCAUUGACUCCAGUUCCAUGCCCGAGGAGGAGAUCAAGCCUAGUGGUGUGUAUGUGGAGACACAGACAUCUCUUAGCCUGCAGCAGCCGAUUCAGCCGGUUCAGGUGGUGACCACCACCACUGUGGAGGCGCAGACCAGUUUCAAGGAGCCAGCUGUUGAGACAGCCGAGGUGGCCCUGCAAACCCAGAAGGAGCGUUCGCCCACCGAGAACAUUAUGGUGACCCAGACGCUGCAGCAUGGCCAGGAGACCAUUCAGAUCGACACCACUCGCAACAAGGAUGUGCCUGAUGAACCCGAGGAUGUGCAGAUUGAGGCUCGCUACCAUCAACGACCCCAUGGCGAUGUGGAUCGCGCCACCGAACUGAUCCUGAAGAAUGUGCCUCAAGCAUUCGAAACCACAUUCGUGGAGCCAGAUGCGACGACAACCGAAGUGAUUGUCGGACCCGAUGGCACCAAGCAUAUUGUGCUGAAGAAAGUCACCCGAACCCGCCAGCAGAUUGUGCAGCAGCAGCAGAUUAGCUCCAUUGAAACAAUCAGCGAUUCAGAUGGCAACAUUGAGGUGCACUCCACGGGCCAGAUCAAUCUGGAGAAUGUGCACACCACGGAUACCAAGGCGGAUCCGGAGGAGGGCAGUGUCCACACCGUAAUCACGCAGCAAACGCGAGGUGCAGUCGUGGAUUCUACACAGCCCGAGGGAGUCGUCCUGCAGGAGUUCGAAACGGAGCCCACAAUUGAGACGUACGAGGAAGUGUUGGCACCAGGAUCCCAAGCGCAGUUGGUUUGCACGCAGACCGGCGAUGUGCAAACCCAAGGCACCAUCCGAGCUGUGGUACAACAAGUGACUCGCAAGGUGAUCCGCAAGACGCGUAAGAUCAUCAAGCGCGUGGUUAUCAUUGACGGCAAGGAACACAUCACUGAGGAAGUGGUCGAGGAGCCCGAGGAGGUGGAGAUCACCGAGGAGGAGACCGCACCGCACAUUAACGUGAAUAUUGUGCGUACCGUGGACGGAAAAGUGGUGACAGAGGAGGAGUUCCAGCGCCUGAUGCAGGAGCCCGGCGUACUCAUCGAAGAAGUUGCCACGGAUCUGUGCAAGCCAACAGCAGAACCGCAGCAACAGGUAUUUGAUAUUGAGUCUACCCAAGUCACCACCACCACAAGAACAACAACCGCAACCACACAAGAACAAGAACAGCCAGAACAACAGACACAACCAACAACAGAAACGACUAAUGAAGCACCUGUAGAGUUGCCAGCACCUCAAGUAGAUGUUGAACAACCCGUAGAAGUUGCCACUACCAGUCCCGUUCAUGUUCCAACAGCGGAUGUAGUUGAACCCAAGGACUCCUCAGCUAUCGUAGAUGACCAAACAGUGGUUGAAGAUAUUAACGAGAUUUGGCCAUUGGAACAUCAUCUGAAACCCACCAACAUUGACUUCUCCCAGCACGUCGAAGAAUUUGCACCACCAGCACGAACAGUAGAAAUUGAGACUGAAGCCUCCAUGCCAGUAGAGGAAAUUUGGCCGACCAGCCCAGAAACCGGUAACUCAUUGACUCUGGAGCACUAUGAAUUCGAGCCGCAAUCACCUCGUGAAGAGAGCAAAAAAUCUGAAGAAAUUAAGCCCCAAGAGACUGAGCCUAAACCUGUUGCUGAGAUUAGCCCAGAGCAUAUUACCACUGGAAGUAUUACCAUAACCAAGACUACAACCACCAUCACAAGCCACACGGAUGAGCCAAAGGAAACUGUUGUCCAGAACUUGCCAGCAGUUGAGCCGCAACUUCCUGCUUCGAAAACCACGACUGACAUUCAGAGUUUCCUGGAAGCCGAACAGACUCUGGCCGCAGCUUUGAUGGAACAAUCUUCGACGCCAACUGAAACUUCAGUUGUUGAAGUUGUGCAGACACUGCCUGAGGAAAGUGCACCUGAAGAGAAGAAGGAAUCGGUUACCGUAGAGAUUUCAACCAUCAAGACUGAGGAAAAGCAACAGGAGCCUGUUCCCGUUGAGGAAGUGAAAACGUUGCUUCCAGAACCUAUGCCUGUAGAGCCCGAACAGAAAUUGGAGGAAGUGAAAGCCAUUGACAUCAUUGAGAAGACUGAACAAAAGCCAGAAGAGCCGAUCCAUAAAGAACAACCCACUUCUGAUAAAAUCGACCUGCGUGCCGCUACCCAACUCUUCAUCUCAGGAGAGGCCGCCGCUUCAACGGCUCCACAGAAAACCUUCAAAAUCACGGCCCCCUCCCUGGAGGACAACGGCGCUGGUGUGCUGAAGGUUGUCCUGGGGAAGGAAGAGGAUGCCACAGCUCCAACCGCCGGCAAGGUCAGCAUGACCAUCAUUGAGACCGCCGCUGCUCUCGCCGACGCCAAGCGGCGUCGAAAGAAAAAGAAGAGAAGAGAUACGAAGCACGAGGAGGAGAUUGAGCAGGAACAAGAGACUGAGCCGGAGGCAGUGGCCGUUAAGGAGCCUGAGGUUGACUCAGACCUGCCCGUUUCUCCGGAGGAUUCACCACGCGAUGCCGUGCGUCAUGAGUCCAUUGUUGAGAUCAGUCCCGACAGCGAUUUGUCCAGCAUUGAGAUUGACUCGAGGGUCAAGGUUGUGGAAGAUGCUGUCGUCUCAUCGCCCUCGGAGUCGCCAAGGACGCCUAUGGUUGAGUUGGUCAUUCCCACAGAGGUUGUGGAACUGGCAUUGGUGGAGGAUGAGGAGCAGCAGACCACACCACGUGUUCCCUCGCCCACUGGAAAAACCGAAGUCGAGCAGGACAUUAAAUCCGUGCAGACCUCACCACAGCAUCAGCCCAAACUGGAUGAGACCGCAGUGCAGACGAGUUUGGAGGUGCAGCCGGAUAACCAGGAGAACGAAUCGCAAACCCUGAUUGUUGAGAUUACGGAGACAGAGGCUCAGACCACUCCCCGAAGCGAGGACAAGCCGGUGGCAGUGGAGAUAUCCACUACGGAGAUUCAAACCGAUGUGAGCGGCCAGCCGGCUGAAACUGUAGAGAUUUCAAGUCAGACGACCGUCACCACCACCAUUGAGAAGGAACUGCAGACCACGCCAAUAGAUUCGCCACGGGCACCAGAGCCAGGCAGCAGUGAUGUGGUGGAAUCUCUGGUCCAGGAUUUGGUGAAGGACAUGACCACCGAUCUGCCAGUGCGCACCAGCGAACAGUCAACCGUUACUGAAACCACCACAACCACGGAGACCCAUGUGCAGACCAAUACCCCAGAGCCAAGGGAAUACACUGAAGUGGUCAAACCGGAGACUGUUCAUGAAGAGACUUCCACGGUGGAACUAGUGCAGGUAACCGAUGGUGAGAUGCAAACCAGUCCGCGCGGAGAUCAGCAACCCGCCUCUCUGGAUGACAAUUCUCUGACUGCCACUUCGAUAUCCGUUUCGGAACCUUACGAACUGGAGGUCAAGACAACAGUGGCCAUUCCCGCUGAUUCCGAUACGUCUGUGGCCGAGCCGACGGUCUAUGAAUAUACACAGACCAUGCAGCUGCCCAAACAGGACAAAAAGUCCAAGAAGGACAAGAAAAAGAAGCAGAAGAAUGAGCCGGAAGUGAAGCAGCAGCUGCCAGAGGAGCCGCAGAUAAGUGUGACAGUGGAAAUCGCACCGGAACUACUCUCGGAAUCGGGCAUUGUGGUGUCCACCAACCAGGAGAUUGAAGAAGUGCCUCAUGUGACACCCGUCGUGGAAACUCCUAUCGAACCCGAAGAACUGGGAACACCCAAAGCCCAGAGAGUGCAACUGCAAAUCACAAAGACCACUGUCUACGAUGAGUAUCCCGAUCUGCCGGUGCACAUUACCGAGCAGAACAAGGUGCUCAUUGCGUCUCAGCAGAGCAAACGUUCCGGAGCAGGACCCACAUCCUCUGCGGUGACUAUUGAAGAAGUCGGCUCACCCACGGAGGAGCUUGUGGUGCCCAUCACACCGGGACCAGACAAUCUCAGUGGCGAGCCCAGCAACAUCUGGUUCAGUGCCACCACCAGUGUGGACAAGACACCCAUUGAGCUUUCCCAAGCCCUGAUUCUGAGCGAGAGUUUGCAGCACUAUCCCGGACAACAGCCACAGCAGCAGAACCAGCAGCCAAUCCUGAUCUCCACCAAGGAAGCCAUUGGCGAUCGCAUCAAGCAUUUAAAGCAAUCAUCGCCACAACAAGCCACUCCCCUAAGCAAUGUGCUCCAUUUGGCCACUUUAUCUGAACAGAUCAAGGAACUACCGACGGAGCAACGCAUCUUGGAGGUCAACGAGGGUCUCCAGGAUCUUGAUGCUGCCAUUAAGAACGGUGACAAAACGGUGAUCCAAACCACUGUAAUCACGGUUAUUGAGAAGGUUUCCACUUGGUUGGAAACUAUCGAGUACCGUGUGUACCUCAUCCGACAAAACUCCAAUGAAGGACCCUCCGAGGAGAAGCUGGACAACUACAACCAACUUAACGAAGAGCUCAGCACCAUCAAGCAGAAUGUCGGCCAAUUGGAGCGACAACUGUCCAAGGCGGAACCGGAGUUGCUGCAGUGCGUGGAUAGCCUCAAGGAGCAUGUGGAUGCAGUGGAGCAGGUCACGCAACAGAACCAGGUGCAGGAUAGCAAUGAUCUGGACAAGUGGCACAGCUUCGAGGUGCUUUUGUACAACGUGUCCUCCGUUUUAACCCAGCUGCAGCAACGUUAUGAUCUCCUGAUCAAUCAGGAGUAUCCUCUCUCCGCCAAACUGGCCCAGCUGGAUGAGUUGGAGCAGCAACAUGAGGCGGCACAGCAGCAACUGGCGCAGCUCUGCCAAAAUGCACGGGCUUUCCAGCGCGAUUUCCCAGGCAAGCGGAUGCCGCAGGAUGUGCACAAUGCCUUCGAGGCCAGCAAGAAUAUUGGGAACAACAUUCAAGCAGAGCGGGAGCGUGUCCUGCAACUGCAAUCCCUGGCGGAGGAGUACGAGCAGACCCUCAAGGAGUUCACUAAGAUCACCGUACUGGCUGACAAGCUGGUCGAGAGUCCAAUCGUUUCCAGUUCCCUCGAACAGCUGAACAACGAGGUGCAGAAGCAGAGGAAGUUCUUCGUGAACCUCAGCCACUGUCGAGCCAUGUUGGAAUCGCUGGAGGAGAACAUCGAUAGUGAGACCCGCGAGAAGCACUCCGAGCUGCACAAGGAACUGUACAACAGGGCCACUAGUCUGCUGGACAAGGCCUCCGAAAGGUCUUCCAAAUUGGUGCAGGCUGCCUCCCGUUGGACUGUUCUGGAGAAGGGAAUGCGGGAUGAACUGCAGUGGCUGCAGGUGGCUCAGCAAAGAGUGCCUGAUUUAUCGGCCGUAACUUCCGCCGACUACGAUCAGUAUACCACCCUGUACCAAUCACUGAGCAACGAUAUCUCGCAUCACUAUGUGAAGAUGACGCAGCUGUCAGGAAUAGCCAACAAGUUGCAGACCUUAGUGCAGGCGCCCAAUCUCGUGGAGGAAACCAAUGAGGCUUUGAUAGUGCUGCUCAAAUUGCGUGAGGAGGUGGCUUUGUAUCUCCACCGCCUGCUGGUCUUCAAGGAAAUCUGGGUGCAGUACGAACAGCAAACGGAUAAACUGGAGGCCUUCGUACGCGAAGCAGAGCAGGAAUUGAGACACAUUCAGAUCCCAUCGCAGCCCACCCAACAGCCCAUCGAGCACAUGCGUCAAUUCUGGGAGAUCAAGGCCCGUUUCGAGCUGCACAACAACGUACGAACCGAUACUGGACUGAGUUUCGAGAAAUCCCUGCAGGUCAUCCCAUUGGCUGACGAGAUGCUCCAGCGGCAGUUCCAUGCCCAACUGGAGGAUCGCUGGCAGGCCGUGUCGCAGGCCAUCGAACUGAUCCAGCACAACAUUGUGGAGUGCCUGUCGUCGGAGGAUGUGCCCGCCGAUGAGAAACUCAAAAUGGUGGAGCGGGAGCUGCAGGAGAUCUACCUGACCAUGACCAGCAUGAAGGGUGUGAUUAAGAAUGAGGAGGAGCUCUGCCUGUACAUCGAACGUGUCCAAGUGCUCCGCACUCGCGUGGGCUUCAUUGGCAACGAGCUGGGCAGGAUUGGACUGCAAGAGCCCGCCAUUGAACCCGAAAAAGUGGGUGAACUGUUCUCGCUCUCGCACAAGAUUAGCACCCAGAUCGCCGAAGAGCUGGAGGGUGCAUCCGUGCUGCGUGACCAACUGCAGGCCAUCCAGGAGGGCAUCAGCAACCAGCGCAAGCACCAGGCCAAGAUCUCCGUUAUCCUAGAUGAAUGUGAGGCAGCCGAGCGCCAAGGAGCCGAUGUCCUCGAAAAGGCCGUCGCCGAUUGCCAAGGAGCCGGGGAGGAGCUGGUCACCAGCUGGCAGGAGAUAAUGCGCAUCCGCCAGAUGCUCCACACACUGCCCAUGCGACUCAAGAUGUCCGUGUCGCCGGUGAAGUUGGAGAGAGACAUCUCCCAGCUGCAGGACGACCACGCCUUCCUCGAGAGCAAGUGCACCAAUAUUAUGGCCAUCCUGCGAAAUCGCUUAGCCGUCUGGUUGCGCUACGAACGCCAACUGGAGCUGGUCCACGGAUCCGUCCAGGAAACCGAUUUCAUGAUGGAACUGAUCCGGGUGCACGGCCAGGUGGACUACGAGCGCCUGCGAAAGGCAACGGAGCGUUUAGAGGGACUUGCUGGCGAUCUACACAACCGCGAACAACUGAUCGAUGAGCUGAAGGGUGCCGCCAAGCCGCUGAUCGAAACCUGCGAUGUCCAGAUUGUCGAGCAGAUCGAGUCGGCCGUCCAGGAGGCGGUAGUCGCCUGGAAUGACACCAGCGAGAAUCUGCAGCAACUUCGCACCCGCUACCAAAGAGCCGUCGAAUUGUGGGACAAGUAUCGCAACGCCUCUGCGGCCGUCAAGAGUUCCAUUGACCAGCAAAUGGAUACGGUCAAGUCCCUGGAGCAGCCCCUGGAUGCCCUGCAACAUGCCAAGGUAUGCCAAGACAACCUGACGACCCAGAAUGACAGAAUCUUGGAGCUGCGUGACAUUGUGGCCAAGAUCGCCGCCGAUGUGGGCCUGGAUGCCUCGGCCCUGAUGCAGGGCGAAUUGGAUGCACUGGGUCAGCGGCUGGCCGAAUGCAAGGAUGCCAUCACCACGCUGGCCAAUGUGGCCGAAACGCAGGACAAGGAGCGCAAGGAGCUCGACAAGGAGGUGACACUGGCCAGGACGUACUUCAACAAUGUGCAGCAGGACAUUUCCCGAGAGGCACCACAGAAUCCCAGAGAAAGCGAGGAGCAGCUGGCCGCUUUGCGAGCCCAUCUCCAGACUUUGGCUAGAACGGAGGAGCAACUGCGUCAGCUGAAGGAGCGCCAUCAGAGCAACCAGGUGGCACCUUCGGCCACCGGAGCCGUCGAUGAUGAUGGCGUCCUGGAGGUUCUGGCCCUGUGGCAGAAGAUAUUCCAGGACACCUUCCAGGAAUACCAUCGCCUGUCCACGCGACUCGCCCGCAGCCAGAACAGUUCGGAGGCGCUGCGCCUGUGGAGGCAGUACCUCCAGCACGUGCAGUCCUUCCUGUCCUGCGCCAUUCCCGAGGACUACAGCAGCCUGCGGGAGCAGCAACAGCUGUGUGCCAUCCACCAGAACCUGCUCAUCUCGCAGCAGAGUGUGCUCUCCGAAACGCCAUUGGAAUCGGAGCUAUCGGAUCAGUACAAGGCGCUGACCAACUUGCACAACGAGACCCUCUCGAGGAUCAUGCAGCGCAAUGGUGAACUGGAGCGACGUGUGAGUGGCUGGAACGCCUAUCGGCAGCAGCUGGCGGCCCUUUUGGACUGGCUGCGACAGCGGGAGGCGGAGCGCAAUGCCCUCCAGCUGCGGUACAUCCACCUGAAGCGAGUACCCCACCUGAAAAACCGCCUGGAUGCGAUGAUCCAGCAGCUGCACCAAGGGGAGCAGCAGAGCAAGGCGCUGCAGGAGCAGCAGCAGGAGUUGGCCCGCCACUGUGACAACGCCCUGGCCACCGCCAUGCGCAUGGAGCAGGCCAGCAUUGGCCAGCGGAUCAGUAAUCUGCGAGCAGCGCUCAAGACCUGGCAGGGAUUCCUGCAGCGCGUCACCCAGUUGUCGGAGACGUACGAACAGCGAGUGCAGCAGCUGCAGCAAGAAUUCGGAUCAGCUGAAAAGCUGCUGGAUGCCAACAGUGAAUCCCUGCCCACUCAGCCAGCCGCCAUCGAGCAACUGCUGGGAGCCCUGCGUUCGCAGAGGGUCCAACUAGGUGCCCAAGUGCCCGCCCUGGAGAGCCUCACGGUGACCCAGGAGGAGCUGAAGGAAUGCAUCAGUCCGCACGACAUGAAGUCCAUUCGGCAAAGGAACUGGCUGCUCUGGCAGCAGCACGCCGAUCUGGACUACCAGCUGGCCAACCUGAUCAACUCGAUCGAGGAGCGGCUGUUCCUGCUGUCCAACUACCAGAUCAGGUACGAUCGCAUCUCCCAGUGGCUGCAGCGUUUGGAGCACCGGGUGGAAAAGGAUGCGGAUGUCGCUGCCAUGGCGAAUCCCGAACAGGCAGCCAAGCAACUGGAGCAGCAAAUAAACUCCGAGCUGCAACUGCGGGACAAGGAGCGGGAGUGGCUACUGUCCACGAGCAGGGAACUGCUCACCCUGUACUCCGAGCCAGAAGUUCGGUCGCAGGUGCAACAGCAGAGCGAUGCCCUCAUCGAUCGCUGGCAGCGUCUCAAGUAUUUGUGCAAGCAGAAGGCCACCAAGAUUGGGGAGCUCAAGAUGACACUUCUCCUCCUGGAGGAGCGAAUCGCCCUGAUCCGCGCCUGGCUCUUCGAAGUGGAAUCCCAGCUGGACAAGCCCCUGAACUUCGAGAGCUACACACCGAAUGUGAUCGAGGCCAAGCUGAAGGAGCACGAGCAGAUACAGCGCUCCAUCGAGCACCACAGCAGCAAUGUGGGCGAGGUCCUGAAUCUCGUAGAGAUGCUGCUCAACGACGCGGACAGCUGGCGCACCCAGGUGAACACUUCCGGACUAGCUGCCUCGGCCCAGAAUCUGGAGCAGCGCUGGAAGAAUGUGUGCAGUCAGUCGGCGGAGCGUAAGGCCCGCAUCCUGACCAUCUGGAACCUACUCCAGCAGCUCAUCAAACUCACUGCCGAGCACAAGAACUGGCUGGGCAAACAGGAAAGCCAAAUAGCGGGCUUUGAACGAGAUCAGAAGUCGCACAGCAAGCACAAGCUGGAGGAGCGACAGAAGGAACUCAGGGCCAAGCUGGAGGAGCUGGAAAGCCAGUCGGUGAAUCUGCGCCAACUGGAGCAGAUCUAUGCCAAGCUGACCAUGAGUGCCGGCGUCGAGCCGGAGAACAUCCAGAAGCUAACGCUGCCCACCAAGGUGAUGGUGAGCAUGUGGCGCCAGUUGACACCACGCUGUCACGCCCUGCUCGAUGCCAUCGACAAGGAUGCCAAGCUCAUGCGGGAGUUCAACAAUGCCCAACUGGAGGCCACCAACUCCCUGAAUGCCAUACAAACGGCGCUGGAACAACUGCCAAGUGUGGAGGAUCAGCAGAGCUCCAAGGCGGAGCCAAAGGCGGUGCUCCAACGAUUGGAGAGCCUGGAGAAGAAACUACACGACGCCCAGCAACAUGUCCAGCAGGCGGAUAACCUGGCCCAGGAGGCCAAGUCCAGGACCAAGCAGCAGCCACAGCUGAAACAGCUGUUGGAACUGGUGUCGGCUUAUACCACACUUUGGCAGACGGUGCAAACCCGCAUCGUGACCCUGAAGACCAGUUGGGUGACCCGCGCAGCUCAGGCUGCAGCUGCAGCUGGAGCUGCCUCCCUGCCAGUCAAUGAAGCCGCCAAUGCCGCCGUUCAGGUGAACACCCUGUCCCAGAGGAAACUCCGGCAGGCCCAGCAGAUGCAGAGGGAAACCUCCAUCACCGCCAAGGAUGCCUACAUCAUGGAACUGCAGACGGCCAUCACGGAGUGCCAAAACAAUCUGGAUGAACUGCAGCGCACGGUAGUGGACAAGACCCGCAAACCGGGUCCCCAGAAGAUCGCCAAGCUGCUGGGCAACGCCCAGUCCUCCACGGAGCUGGUCAAGCAUCUCAGCCAGCUGCUGCUCACCGAGUGCCACGCGGACAACCAGGCUGCCCAAGUGGACACCGUGGCAGAGCUCACGUUGCGCUUCGACACACUGCAGUCGCAGUGGAAGGCGCGACAGCAGCACGAUCAAAAUGCAAGCGAGGUCGGCCGGCUAACGUGUCCGCUCUGCACACAGCGAAACUGGCAGCAGAUCGACAACGAUCUGUGGCGCCUCGAGCAGUGGCUGCAGUUCGCCGAGAGCACCCAGAAGGCCCAGUCCACUCCGCCCUCGAACAUCGAGCUCCUCGAGGAUGUCACGCAGGACCAUCGCGAGUUCCUUUUGGAUCUGGAGAGCCACAAGUCCAUCAUCUCGUCCCUGAAUGUGGUGGGUGACCAUUUGGCCACGCACACGCUGGACACCGAGAAGGCAAGACAAUUGCGAUCCCGUCUAGAAGCAGAUAACGAACGGUGGAACAAUGUGUGCAUCAAUGCCACCAAAUGGCAGGGUCUGCUGCAGACCGCCCUCAUGGGCAACAGCGAGUUCCAUCAGACCAUCGAUGAGCUGGUGGACUGGCUGCAGCGCACCGAGCAGAACAUCAAGGCCUCCGAGCCCGUCGAUCUCACCGAGGAGCGCUCCGUGCUGGAGUCCAAGUUCAAGAAGUUCAAGGACCUGCGAGCCGAGCUAGAAAGAUGCGAGCCGCGGGUGGUGAGCCUGCAGGAUGCCGCCGACCAGCUCCUCCGCUCCGUCGAGGGCUCCGAGGAGCAGUCGCAACACACCUACGAGAGAACCCUUUCCAGAUUGACCGAUCUCCGUCUGCGUCUCCAAUCCCUGCGCCGUCUAUCCGGCAUCUACAUCGUCAAAUUGGGCGCCGUCCUCGGUUUCGAGGGCGACAAUCUUGGCGUGCCACUGCACAUGUUGUCGAGUGAGCUUUUGGAUAAUACUACAUUAUCAACCUCUUCUAUGCAGGCCGCCGCACCCAACACAGAAAAUGCAAACAAUACCGAUGGCGAUGCUGUCGAUGGCGAUGUCAUCAAUACCACGGUUCUGGCGCGCGGUGCACGAUUCCUAGGCCGCGUUGCACGUGCCUCCCUGCCCAUUCAGGCGCUCAUGCUGCUGCUUUUAGGUGUGGCCACUCUGGUGCCCCACGGUGAGGACUACACCUGUAUGUUCUCCAACACCUUCGCGCGCAGCCUGGAGCCCAUGUUGUCGUAUCCCCACGGACCGCCGCCAACGUAAAGCUGUUGAGUUGCCAUUGGAUUAGUGCAAUGAAUCGAACAAGAAACAAGUCAAGACCCCCAUAAACCUAACCGUAUUACUGUAAUGAACACCAAUUUAAUCCAAAACCACAGACCGCAGUAUAAAAAUGCCUUUCGUAAGCUAAAUUUCUGUAAAAAUAAUCGAAAAAAAAAUAAUUUGAAUAGUGAAAAUGUAAGAGUUGUACAUUUGUGUAGUUUAUCACAUUUUGUAAUUGUAUGUAAUUUUAUAGUGAUUGGAUAGCUAGAGGCAUUAAUAAAACAACCAAUUUGUAUAUAACCUACUGAACAGAACAGACUCGACAAGCCGAACAUGAAACACAUGAAACAUUUAAAAGAAAUGAAAUGAAAUGAUGAAAAGAAUGAACUAACUAUUCAAACUAACGACAAGUAACGAAAACCUUUUGUAAAACGAUAUAUACAUUAUACAUAUAUAUUUGCACAGCAAACAAUUUAUAUAAACAUAUAUACCCACAUAUAUGAACCCAAAAAAUCUAUAAAGAAUCCCAACAUUUUGUAUAUAAAAGAAACGAAAUCAAAAUACGCACACGAAAAUUUUACUCAUCAACGCACGCUGUUCUAUUAGAGAGAUCUAUGGCAGCAGGAAUUUGUGGUCAGGUUCGUGCAAAUUUCGUGGAACAUUUUUGCAUGUCCUGAGCACACAAGUCCUUGCUGCCAUCGAUGGGCUAGAGAAGUGAACCAGUCCCAAGACAAAUCAUGACCCACAUAGACCAAUCGCCCGGAGAACUACUUGGCCACCAAAGUCUCUCGCUUGCUGCGCGUCUUUCUCCCAAAUUCAAGGCGAUGCAGUCUGCAGGAGGCAUUGGUUACCACUUAGACUCUGGCCAAUAAAGUCCCCUUGCCCAAGGAUAACUGCACCCUUGGCCAAGUUCUCUCCCACGGCCAAGGGAUGGAGGAGAGAUGCUGCAGUGCGCCAGCCACAGGACACUGUGCUCACCCCUCUGAUCCUUAAUCUACAGCCUGGCAAAAGGGGGCUAGACAUUUCAAAGCAUUCCUGAUACUCAUUUCCAAAUUACCAAUUGACAUUGGCCAUCUCACUAGCCCACACUCGGAAAAUGGGAAACGUGCGUGCCACGAGCAUUGAACAAAACGAAGCAAGUGUCCUAUGCCGGUGCUAAACCAACCAACAAAUUUUCUAUAUAAAGAAAUACUGUAAAAUGCGUAUACAAAAAUAAAAUUAAAUUCAUACAAAAAAAAGAAGAAUAAAUCUUUGAAAAAAAAAAAUUGUAAAAAUGCAAUUUGCAUACAGACAAGUGACGCAAGUCCAUCCAGUAAGAAAUAACCUAUUUUGUUGUUAAUAUUUUUUGAUAAACCUAAUUCUAUUUGCCUUAUACUUAUCCAACUUGUUUAUUACAACUAUUGUUUUUAAUUUAAAGCUUGAGCAAUUAUUGAGAAAAUACAUACAUUUAUUUAUUAGACCUAUGCGAUUUAUUAUGUAUUUAAUUAAGUUUGAUUUAAAUGUUAAAUUUGUGUACUUUGCUGCUUCUAUCUGGUUAUAAAACAAGAGCCGUUAUCAAGUUAAUAUAAUUUAUGUAGCAUUUUAAGAUUUCCUUUCUUGUGAACAACUGUACCUUUAUAUGCAUUAUGAUUAUUAAACAAAAAUUUAAAUAUA